GGCAUCGCCUAUUACAGUCUGGGAGAUUUCCGGAAAGCCAUAGAGUACCAUGAACGAGACCUCAAAAUUUCGAAAGAAGUGGGAGACAGGGCAGGAGAAGGAACGGCGUACGGUAAUCUUGGCAACGCCUAUCACAGUCUUGGAGAUUUCCAGAAAGCCAUAGAGUACAAUGAACGACACCUCAAAAUUUCGAAAGAAGUGGGAGACAGGGCAGGAGAAGGAAAAGCGUACGGUAAUCUUGGCAACGCCUAUCACAGUCGUGGAGAUUUCCAGAAAGCCAUAGAGUACUAUGAACGACACCUCAAAAUUUCGAAAGAAGUGGGAGACAGGGCAGGAGAAGGAAAAGCGUACGGUAAUCUUGGCAACGCCUAUCACAGUCUUGGAGAUUUCCAGAAAGCCAUAGAGUACCAUGAACGACACCUCAAAAUUUCGAAAGAAGUGGGAGACAGGGCAGGAGAAGGAAAAGCGUACGGUAAUCUUGGCAACGCCUAUCACAGUCUUGGAGAUUUCCAGAAAGCCAUAGAGUACUAUGAACGACACCUCAAAAUUUCGAAAGAAGUGGGAGACAGGGCAGGAGAAGGAAAAGCGUACGGUAAUCUUGGCAACGCCUAUCACAGUCGUGGAGAUUUCCAGAAAGCCAUAGAGUACAAUGAACGACACCUCAAAAUUUCGAAAGAAGUGGGAGUCAGGGCAGGAGAAGGAACAGCGUACGGUAAUCUUGGCAACACCUAUCAUAGUCUUGGAGAUUUCCAGAAAGCCAUAGAGUACAAUGAACGACACCUCAAAAUUUCGAAAGAUGUGGGAGACAGGGCAGGAGAAGGAAAAGCGUACGGUAAUCUUGGCAAUGCCCAUCACAGUCGUGGAGAUUUCCAGAAAGCCAUAGAGUACUAUGAACGACACCUCAAAAUUUCGAAAGAAGUGGGAGACAGGGCAGGAGAAGGAAAAGCGUACGGCAAUCUUGGCAACGCCUAUGACAGUUUUGGAGAUUUCCAGAAAGCCAUAGAGUACCAUGAACGACACCUCAAAAUUUCGAGAGAAGUGGGAGACAGGGCAGGAGAAGGAAAAGCGUACUGUAAUCUUGGCAACGCCUAUUUUGGUCUUGGAGAUUUCCACAAAGCCAUAGAGUACCAUGAACGAGACCUCAAAAUUUCGAAAGAAGUGGGAGACAAGGCAGGAGAAGGAAAAGCGUACGGUAAUCUUGGCAACGCCUAUCACAGUCUUGGAGAUUUCCAGAAAGCCAUAGAGUACCAUGAACGAUACCUCAAAAUUUCGAAAGAGGUGGGAGACAGGGCAGGAGAAGGAACAGCGUACGGUAAUCUUGGCAUCGCCUAUGACAGUCUUGGAGAUUUCCAGAAAGCCAUAGAGUACCAUGAACAAGACCUCAAAAUUUCGAAAGAAGUGGGAGACAGGGCAGGAGAAGGAAAAGCGUACGGUAAUCUUGGCCACGCCUAUCACAGUCUUGGAGAUUUCCAGAAAGCCAUAGAGUACCAUGAACGAGACCUCAAAAUUUCGAAAGAAGUGGGAGACAGGGCAGGAGAAGGAACAGCGUACUGUAAUUUUGGCAACGCUUAUGACAGUCUUGGAGAUUUCCAGAAAGCCAUAGAGUACUAUGAACGACACCUCAAAAUUUCGAAAGAAGUGGGAGACAGGUCAGGAGAAGGAAAAGCGUACGGUAAUCUUGGCAACGCCUAUGGCAGUCUUGGAGAUUUUCAGAAAGCCAUAGAGUACCAUGAACGACACCUCAAAAUUUCGAAAGAAGUGGGAGACAGGGCAGGAGAAGGAAAAACGUACGGUAAUCUUGGCAACGCCUAUGGCAGUCUUGGAGAUUUCCAGAAAGCCGUAGAGUACCGUGAACGACACCUCAAAAGUUCGAAAGAAGUGGGAGACAGGGCAGGAGAAGGAAAAGCGUACGGUAAUCUUGGCAACGCCUAUCACAGUCUUGGAGAUUUCCAGAAAGCCAUAGAGUACUAUGAACGACACCUCAAAAUUUCGAAAGAAGUGGGAGACAGGGUAGGAGAAGGAAAAGCGUACGGUAAUCUUGGCAACGCCUAUUACAGUGUUGGAGAUUUCCAGAAAGCCAUAGAGUACCAUGAACGACACCUCAAAAGUUCGAAAGAAGUGGGAGACAGGGCAGGAGAAGGAAAAGCGUACGGUAAUCUUGGCAACGCCUAUCACAGUCUUGGAGAUUUCCGGAAAGCCAUAGAGUACCGUGAACGACACCUCAAAAUUUCGAAAGAAGUGGGAGACAGGGCAGGAGAAGGAAAAGAGUACUGUAAUCUUGGCGUCGCCUAUAGAAAUCUUGGAGAUUUCCAGAAAGCCGUUUCCUAUUAUAAAAAAGGUAUUACUGCCUUGGACUAUAUCAGGGGAAAUCUUAUAUCUAACGACGAAUGGAAGAUUAGCCUGAGGAGUAUGUAUGAUCGUACUAAUUUACGCCUAUGGGGGCUACAGUUUGAGCAAGGUAAUGUCAAUGAGGCAGUUUUAAUUGCUGAUCAUGGACGUGCACAAGCUUUAAACGAUCUUCUGGAGUUCAAGUAUGGGUUGAAAGGGUUACGUCCAGAAAUAGAAACACUCUCUGCAACAACGCCUGACAUUCUUAGUUACCUGCUACCAAAUACAGCUUUCAUUGGUAUCAACAAGGGAGGAAUAGUUCUCUGGGUGAAUGAGAAAGGAAAAGAAAUCAAAACCAGAAGAACUCAGAUCGAUAUCUCCGUCACAAGCUAUUUUCAGUCUCUAUUGGAGGCUACGCAUAAAGAAAUAGAUGCAAGAGCUGAUGUUAAUUGUGAAGAUCGCUCAUUAAUGAGGCCAAGCGAUAAAAAGUUAGCCGAAGAAACAUCGAUUAAGCCAAAGUCUCAUCCUUCAUGUUUUGAGACAAAGUCAUUGCAAACAUUUUACAAUGUUGUUAUAGACCCUAUAAGAGACUUACUCCAGGGCGAUGAAGUUGUAAUUGUUCCAGAAGGACCUCUGUGUUUGGCGCCUUAUGCUGCUUUCAUGGACUUGAAAUCAAAGUACCUCUGUGAAACGUUUAGAAUUCGUCUGCUCCCCUCGCUUUCUAGCCUGCAAUUGAUCCAAAAUUGUUCAGCAGAUUGGCACAGCAAGACCGGUGCUCUUCUUGUCGGCGAUCCGUGGGUACAGGAGGUAACGACGCUAGGGCAGUUAGAGUGGGCCGAAAAAGAAGUGCAGAUGAUUGGGGAAAUACUUCAAACGGAACCUCUCGUUGGAAAGCAGGCAACAAAAGAUGAAGUUUUGAGACGUAUCUCCUCGGUUGCUUUGGUGCACAUUGCUGCUCACGGUGAAAUGGAAACAGGAGAAAUUGCUUUGGCCCCAAAGACAACGCCUCCAUCCGUGGAUCCAGCCAGGGAGGACUAUAUCUUAACUAUGAAAGAUGUUUUAAAGGCGCAGAUUAGGGCAAGACUUGUUGUACUUAGUUGUUGUCAUAGUGCUCGGGGAGAAGUCAAAUCUGAGGGUGUGGUCGGCAUCGCGCGUGCUUUUUUGGGUGCCGGUGCUCGUUCUGUUCUGGUGUCCCUGUGGGCGAUCGACGACGAAGCUACUAUGGAGUUCAUGAAAGUUUUCUACCAACAGCUAGUCUAUGGACGAAGUGCCAGUGAGGCCCUGAAUAAAGCCAUGAAAUCCAUGAGAGAAUCUGACCGCUUUAGCGCAGUGAAGUACUGGGCGCCGUUUGUUCUUAUUGGUGAUGACGUAACGUUCGAGUUUGAAGGCAUCGAUUAAAUAGCAAGGUAUUUUCGAAUAUAUUUAAACCUGGGAUCAUAAUCCCUGCAUUUGCAAUCGUCAUUUUAACUAGCAAUUAUUUUUGUCGUUUUAUCGGACAACGAGCUCAACCGGUGCCACGUGUAGCGUCAAUCUGCCAAUCACAGGUCACGUUGACAGUAAGAAAGGAGACUUCGUUUGGCAGUUAAACACUACAAAUGAAAUUUAUUUCAAGUCUCAUGAUUUCCUUACAUUUCAAAGUAUCCUUGGCCCUGUUUGAGUUCGUUGCAUUGUAACUUACAGUGCAACUUGACAUAUGCGACCACCCAAAAUUCCAAGAUGAAAUUUCCGGUCGCUUAGGAAAGUGUCCAGCGGUACUUACCUACAUAAGAAAACCCGAAAACCGGAAAUUCCGGAGAGUCCCCAGGUAUGUUGCUCUUUGUGUGAAAAGAUUGUUUUGGCAUUUUUGGUGGGUAGGUGAUAUAUGUCCAGGAGCAAUCUUGUGAGCAAAAAUUUGAUAGCAAAUUGUUUUCGCAAUUUUAGCAAAAAAAAAAUGAUUCUGUAGUCACAAGAAAAUUUUGUGAGACACUCAUUAGCAAAUAUCGCAAGAGUAGCAUGAAUAACCAAUUUAACAAAAUUCUAGAUUAAGAGAGAGAAAAGCCCAAGAACUGCCACGAGAAGUCAGCAAAUUUCGCAGAAAUCACAAAAGUAACAACAAUUUUCCUUGCUAUGUAAAGAGACGGAGUAACGAAUUUAACAAAAUUCUAGACUUAGAAUCCUGAGAACUAAAGGGCCCCGAGAAGUCCACAAAUUUCGAUUGUUAGUCUUGCUAUUCUUACGAUAUUUGUUACUCAGUCUCUGAAAAGGUGGUUCUUUGCUCGAAAUGAUUUCGAAGUCGCUACCUGAAACCACUAUCCUUCUGCUAGCUAUCUAACGGUGCUUUUGCUGUUUUUGUUGUUGUUCUUGUAAAGGUACGAUGAAGAAUGCAGCAAACAAGUUCCUAGCUAUCUGCAGUUGAAGUCAGUUUAAUUUUUGACACAAUCAUUAGCAACCAUUACGGGGUUGAGCGUUCUUCUCAAGGAUCGCAGGUCUUUAUCUCUUGAAGAGAAAGAAAAUGAUGCUUCUUGUUCCGAUUUAUUUGUUCGUGUCACAUUACAGGUUGUUGUAUUUACAUAAAUGUAUAGAAAAAGAUGGUGACGGGGAAGCCUGGGGCUUAUAUAGGGUCUAGGCUCCCUCUAGGUUAGUUUAACUAGACGGUGAUAUUAGUGUGCUACGAGCGUUGCGUGAUGACACUAAAAACGGCUGUGUGCAUCCCCAUUCCCAAAACCCUAGUGAUGUGGGUAUCCCCUGUAACCCUAAACCAAAUCGCUAAGGUAAUAUGAGAAGGGGAUGUCUAUAUCACUAAGGUCUGGGAAUGGGGAUGCCCAAAACGCGGGGAUGCCCAUAUCACUGUAUUAAACAUUAGACUAAAAGAAGAGGAAAGAUGCGAUUUUACAAAAUCAACCACAGAUUCCUAAGAUACAGGAAAAAGGAGUAGAAUCAACAUCAGUUACUAACAAAAUUACUUACAAAAUAGGAAGAGUUAUAUAAUCAUUUAGAAAAUAUAUGGAGUGUUAGUUGGAUUAUAAAUGAUAAGGAAGGUAACAUAUUAACAAGAAAUAUUUCGAUAAAAGUUCACAUUGAAGGGAAAAUUUAAAAUUAGCUAUAGACCAGUUACUGUAGUUAAAUGGUUGCUUACGCCUAGUUUAAACGUCGCACUUCUCAUGUACCGGACCUUUAUCCUUCAAUUAAGUACAUAAAAAGAUCGACGUUAGAAUCAUUAAAUUCGACAUAUCUUAUCUGGGUCCGGACCAAUGAGAGGCCCACAUGGGAAUUUCGACUGCUGAGCGACUUCGCUCUUUCAAACGUCGAACUUCUCAUGUGCCGAACCUAAUGCAUAAAUUAUUAAGAUUUAUUUUCACUUGUGAGCAUUUUAGACCAUUGAAAAUCAUGAAAAUGAAUUGACUAAUUAAGUUCGACAUCUGAAUCAACCGUCGAAUGACUUAUCAUUUGGGUCGAGCUAAAUAGGUAUUAAGUUUGGUUCAUGAAAAGAUCGACGUUUGAACUUGGAGAGUUCCAAAAGUUUGUGCAUUGGCAAGAUAUUUUGUUUGUUUUAAGGUUGUGCGAGACUUUAUAUUGGGUCGAAGAUACUGAGCAAAUUGCGUUUAAUUUGUAAUCAUGAAGAAAUUAAGAGAACCAGAUGUAAAAAGAUUGUCGAAGCUCGAAGGCAAUGUAAGGAGAGAUUUUCCAUGAAUUCUUUAUUUGUCUUGAAUUUCAUAUCUUUGGCGCUGUUUUAAGUAAUUCAUACUGAAUUUGCAUAAAGAUGUCUUAGCUCCGCAAAAAGGCUCGUGCCAUUUUAUUGUCCUUUAAUGUGCUUUGUGUCCGCUAAGUAAUAAUUGUAGAAAAGCCAACAGUGUUCCUUAACAAACAAAACUAAUUUCUCGUUCUCUUUUUAAUUAUAAACAUUGCAUUUUACUUCAAUGAUGACUUUUAAAAGGAUAAUUAGUUUCUGAAUAAUGGUUAUUUAACUUCAGUCUAUCUAUCGUGAUUUUACAACCGGACAACAUCUGUUCAUAGGCCUUUGUACAGGUGCACCUUGUUUUAAUUGUAAUUUAGCCGUCUGUUUGAGAACAAAUAUUUCAUUAAGUUGUUAGUCAAAUAGAGCUACAGGUGAAUUUUGAAUAUGAAAGGAUUCGCUGUCUAUUUUUAAUAGAUCGGUUUUUGUUUAAGGUGAAAACUGGGUUGCAAUUAGUCUACGCUUCUUUCUAUUGAAACAGCCGCUCGCUAAACUUGUAUUUUCAUUCAUGUUAUAAUACUUUGUACUUAAAGGUUGUUUUGCUGACCUGGCUACAAGGUCUUUAUUUCAGAACUGUACUUUUACUUUCUUAGGGCCUUUUUACAUGGAGUGGGGGACCCCGGUAUAGUGGGGUUGGUUUCUUUUGUUUUCACGCUCUGGGGGACACAAAACAAAAGAGACCUACCCCACUAAACCGGGGUCCCCCACUCAAUGUAAACAGGGUCUAAAAUAACAACGGUAAUAAAAGAUUUCAGAUUAAACAUAGAGUUUUAAUUAGUUUUCAUUUAACUCUAAGCGAUUUCUGUCUAUAUUUCUAUUGUAUUCUUUUGUCUUUAAUGGUUGUAGAAGAAUCAUAUGUAAGUACCGGUAAGCUAGUUUUUACUGUUUUUCGAUUAUUUUCGCCUUUUCCUGCCUGAGUUAUUGUUAUUUGAUCCGCUGAAGAAUAAACGCUGUUGGAACCAAGUUUAGUCCUGUUUAAUCUACUGCUGUACCAGUUAGUGGUUUGAUCCUGGUCCUACAGAGAAGUGACGGCUCAGCGGAAAAACCUUCCGUCACUUUACCAAGGGUGUCAAGCCUAUACGAAUUUAAAGUUGACACAAAUGCAAAACUGUCACUGAACUGUCGAUCGCAUAACUGACGAUCCUUAUGCUGAUUUUUUCGUGAUCAUAAUACAACAAAUACUGAUACGUACAAAACGUCUCACAUGCAAUCAUCGGCUAAUUUGAAGCAUGAUUAAGUAACCUUUUAAAGAAAAUUUUCCUGAAAGUUCUUUUCAUUUCUCAUUUAUACUUGGGAAAAUAAUGAGCUAAGUCCAAUUCUUGAUGGCAAAGCGACCAGAGCGACCUUUCGGAUGGUUUUGGAUUCAUUUACACACAAGUUUUAACUCGAAAUAUCAUGAGCUAUAGCUUUUUUAUCAAGCACAAAUGGCCGACGCCUUUCAUUUUGACGCCCGUGGUUUUUAUGCAUGCCCAAUAAGGCAGUAGUGUAGGAGCUGUUCGUAAGGUCUCUCCUAAUUGGUCGCAGGAAACAAUGACAUGUCAUUCUUCCAAUUGUUUUAGUAUUGUUUGGGGUCAGGGAAACACACCAUUGGCCACUCCAGAAAAUACCAUAACAUACCAUAAUACUCUUUGUUUGUCACUCCAAAAUUUAGCAUAAACAUUGUUUUCAGUUUCGUUUGCAAUUGGGGCCAUUUUAACUCCCAAGAGAAACUGAAGACAAUGGAGUAACUAACAAAGAGUAUUAUGGUAUGUUAUGGUAUUUUCUGGAGUGGUCAAUUGGCCCAAUAGGGAGCUUAAUGCGUUUUUGAACGGCGCACGUCAACCGGAAGUGAGGACUUUUCCAUUUUAAUGUGCCGUCAUGUGACGCUGCCACAUUUGUGCUGCGACUGUAUUUUCUCUUAAUGAACUUGCUCAUGAGUGCAAACAGUUCACUUCUGAUUGGCGUGCGUCGCUCAAAAACGCCUUUGCUGAGGACAGUGUCUUUGUGAACCAACACAACCAGAACUUCCGGUUUGAAUUUUCGACAACUUUCGGUAGUGAAUGGAACAGCAUUUUCAGAAGUUCCCAAACAAACACGACAACCUCGCGAGGUAAAUCCAAACAUUUCGAAAAUUUUUUCUAAGUAGUUUUCUUUCCAUUCACGCCCUGUUCCUAGAACUUACAGGGAGUUAAGGUGGGGGGAGGGCAGAGUCAAAAAAUGAUUCCAAGGGAGAAGUUGACGGGUGACGGCGAUCAAUGUACCUCUUGGUCGCGCUUUCGUUAAAUAAAAAAAAGUAAACACCUGUCAGGCUAAUAGUUUUUCAUGAUUUGCUCCUUCAGCAAACGGGGCUCCUAGGCUGCAAAUUUAACACUAGCAUAAUUUUUGGCAAUUCACUUUCACUAGCAUGCGCUUGAUUUUCAUAUUUUUUACCGAACAAAAGCACUGCUAGCAUAUUUUCACUUUUGGCUAGUUUUGCAGCGCACAAUUGUCCCGAAAUCAGUGCUACAGCCAAAUUUAAGUUACAAAAUCAUUUUUUUGUUUGCUUAUAGUCACUGGGACCUGGGUCUUACACGAAGUGACCCACGACUUUUUCCUCAGGAUUCAACGCAUCCGCAUAAAAAGCUCGGUUUAUACGACAACGAAAACGUCCGCGUGCUGGUUCUGGAUAUUGAUUGAGUUUUUUUUUAUAAAAGCUGCCAGACAAUGAAUUAUGCUGUCUUUGAGUUUCUAGGUGAAAUAAGGCCCGGGGGGUACUCCUUGGAAUUCUUGGUGGGGGUAUGCGUACCCAGUUCUCAAAAUCCUGACCCUAAUUCAGACAUUUUAGACCAAGAAAAUGUCAGUUUUCACACCGGUUUCAUACCUGGCCUCUAAACUCCAUACUUGUUUUCAAACCUAGCCUGAGAAAUUAUCAAGAUCAAUAUAUAAGGUUUAUAUAUAGAGAGAAAACCGUUUACAGUACAACUCAAAAAACGGUCAUAAAUCGGCCCAUGAACCACACAGGACAGAUGUACACUUUUGUGUAAGGUAAGCUGUUUUUUUAUUGGAAUCCUUUCAUUUUCGUAGGUUACAGAAAUGAAGUGUUUUCCCCAUACAAUCCUUAUAUUUCGAAUGUUACGCAACAAUUCCGAUGCUCGCCGAUACAUAACAGGCCAGAGGCCCGAUUUUAGUGCGCGCAGGAGGAGGCCUAAUCUCCACAGCAACCACCGCAAAUCGGUUUCCAAUAACAGACAAGGUAAUUAGUUUUAAGUAUUCCUCCAGACACCUUUGGAGAGCGCCGGACACAUUGCCUGUCAAGGAACUUUGUACUUCUGAUUAAACGAACCAGACAUCUCAAGGAAACGCGAAAUUUGAUCGGACUAUUUGGGUAUUAUAAAUUCAUUUCACGGUCGAUUGAAAAUUUGGAAGUCGAUCUUCGCGCCUCUGGCUUCGCAAUUGAUAACUACAGUUUUCUCGCCGCAUUUGGAUUCAAAUAGGCUUGAUACGCUUUCAAUGGUUUUUCAAGUGCUUUCUUUUACGAAAAUAGUGCUGCGAUGGCUUAUUUAACUUCUGCCAAGAGUGGUAUGCCGUGUCAACAUUGGUGACCUUCGAAGCGAAAACAGCCAGUCGGCGUAUCAAGUUUUUACUGUGGAGCCGCAAGUAGGAAUACACUAUCUGCUGGCACAUCUUUCUCCGGUUUGGAAGGAACUCGGCUUGGAAAAGACCCUGACCAAAGAAAUUUUUAAAUCUGCUCUAUUUGAACGUUUGAGAAAAGCCGUCAACAAUGCACAUUUUAUAGUCGCCGGAGAAAACGAAGGCGAGAGCUCGAGCUCUACUUCACAUCCCCUUGAGGAACAGCAACACCGAUUAUCUGAUUCAAUGGACUACCUUUUUGAUCAAACGGCGAAGGAUUCAAGUCUUUUUUCUCUGCCUUAAGACGAUGUAAGCGUCGAUGUGCCUCCAGUGACAAAUCACUCUCCAAAAAGCCCGCCAAGCACUGUCGAAAUCCCGCCAAAAUCUUAUUCGCUGGAAGGAGCCCAAGACGCUGGACUACUCCAGAUAUUCUAGCUUCCACUUCAACAUCUUCGUGUUCGCGUGGGCGAUCUGUAUAAUCAACGUCACAGAUACAGUAUGGUUUCUAUAUCAGUCAUUUUAGCCUCCUUGAAAUGUCAAUCAUAAUCCAAAAAUUAUUAUUUCAGGUUACCUUUGUAUUGUUACUUCCUUUUUACUUAAUUAAUAGGCCACAUUAUAGGGCUACCCUCUCCCUCAGAGCUUACAGGCGGCGCGCCCAAGAUUCUGAGGUGAAGGUAGUCUCUCUUUUGAAAUGUCGGUCACAAUCCAAACAAUUUUUGUAGGUGAUUUUUGUAGUGUCAUAGGCCAAAUUAUAGGGCUACCCUCUCUCUCAGAGCUUACAGGCGGCGCGCCCAAGAUUCAGAGGUGAUGGUAGUCUUUCUUUUAAAAUGUCGGUCAUAAUACAAAUUAUUUUUGAAGGUUGUUUUUGUACUGUCAUUUGUUUUUUAAAUAGGCCAAAUUAAUUAUGGGGCUACCCUCUCCCUCAGAGCUUACCGGCGGCGCGCCCAAGAUUCUGAGGUGAUGGUAGUCUCUCUUUUGAAAUGUCGUUCAUUAUCCAAAUUAUUAUUGUAGGUCAUCUUUGCUUUGUCAUUUGUUUUGAAAUAGGCCAAAUUAUGGGGCUACCCUCUCCCUCGGAGCUUACAGGCGGCGCGCCCAAGAUUCUGAGGUGAUGGUAGUCUCUCCUUUAAAAUGUUGGUCAUUUAUCCAAAUUAUUAUUGUAGGUUAUUUUUGUAGUGUCAUUUGUUUUUGAAAUAGGCCAAAUUAUGGGGCUACCCUCUCCCUCGGAGCUUACAGGCGGCGCGCCCAAGAUUCUGAGGUGAUGGUAGUCUCUCUUUUGAAAUGUCGGUCAUUAUCCAAAUUAUUAUUGUAGGUUAUUUUUGUAGUGUCAUUUGUUUUUGAAAUAGGCCAAAUUAAUUAUGGGGCUACCCUCUCCCUCAGAGCUUACAGGCGACGCGCCCAAGAUUCUGAGGUGAUGGUAGUCUCUCUUUUGAAAUGUCGGUCAUUAUUCAAAUUAUUAUUUUAGUUCUUCUUUGUACUGUCAUUUGUUUUGAAAUAGGUCAAAAUAUGGGGCUACCCUCUCCCUCAGAGCUUACAGGCGGCGCGCCCAAGAUUCUGAGGUGAUGGUAGUCUCUCUUUUGAAAUGUCGGUCAUUAUUCAAAUUAUUAUUUUAGUUCUUCUUUGUACUGUCAUUUGUUUUGAAAUAGGUCAAAAUAUGGGGCUACCCUCUCCCUCAGAGCUUACAGGCCGCGCGCCCAAGAUUCUGAGGUGAUGGUAGUCUCUCUUUUGAAAUGUCGGUCAUUAUCCAAAUUAUUAUUGUAGGUCAUCUUUGUUUUGUCAUUUGUUUUGAAAUAGACCAAAUUAUGGGGCUACCCUCUCCCUCGGAGCUUACAGGCGGCGCGCCCAAGAUUCUGAGGUGAUGGUAGUCUCUCUUUUAAAAUGUUGGUCAUUUAUCCAAAUUAUUAUUGUAGGUUAUUUUUGUAGUGUCAUUUGUUUUUGAAAUAGGCCAAAUUAUGGGGCUACCCUCUCCCUCAGAGCUUACAGGCGGCGCGCCCAAGAUUCUGAGGUGAUGGUAGUCUCUCUUUUGAAAUGUCAGUCAUUACUCAAAUUAUUAUUUUAGUUCUUCUUUGUACUGUCAUUUGUUUUGAAAUAGGCCAAAAUAUGGGGCUACCCUCUCCCUCAGAGCUUACAGGCGGCGCGCCCAAGUUUCUGAGGUGAUGGUAGUCUCUCUUUUGAAAUGUCGGUCAUUAUCCAAAUUAUUAUUGUAGGUUAUUUUUAUAGUGCCAUUUGUUUUUUAAAUAGGCCAAAUUAAUUAUGGGGCUACCCUCUCCCUCAGAGCUUACAGGCGGCGCGCCCAAGAUUCUGAGGUGAUGGUAGUCUCUCUUUUGAAAUGUCGGUCAUUAUCCAAAUUAUUAUUGUAGGUCAUCUUUGUUUUGUCAUUUGUUUUGAAAUAGGCCAAAUUAUGGGGCUACCCUCUCCCUCAGAGCUUACAGGCGGCGCGCCCAAGAUUCUGAGGUGAUGGUAGUCUCUCUUUUAAAAUGUUGGUCAUUUAUCCAAAUUAUUAUUGUAGGUUAUUUUUGUAGUGUCAUUUGUUUUUGAAAUAGGCCAAAUUAUGGGGCUACCCUCUCCCUCAGAGCUUACAGGCGGCGCGCCCAAGAUUCUGAGGUGAUGGUAGUCUCUCUAUUGAAAUUAUAAUUGUAGGUUAUUUUUGUAGUGUCAUUUGUUUUUGAAAUAGGCCAAAUUAAGGGGCUUCCCUCUCCCUCAGAGCUUACAGGCGGCGCGCCCAAGAUUCUGAGGUGAAGGUUGUCUCUCUUUUAAACUGUCAGUCGUCAACCAUAGUAUUAUUGAAUUUUCAUUUUCCAGAGUUCAUAGUGGUACCUUCUUUAUAGUUUUACGUGAUUUGUGACAAAGACAAGACCAGGCUAACAAAUUUAUUCUACUUUAUGCGUGGUGCGACAAUCACCGUGGUUGACUUGCCUCCAAAGUUCCUUUAUAAUUUGGACGCUUCUCAGGAGUUCCUUCACUGCUUGUAAUCCAGAAUUGGCGAUUCUCAGCAGCUUAAAGCUCUUGCUUUUAAUCAGUUGUUCCUUGGACGGCGACCUUUUCUUGUCCCGAGUACAAUAUCGAUUCUCGAUUCUCGACUCUCGAUUACCGUAUCUUGCUGGUGCAAGGUUUCGGCAACGGGACCCGUACUAAAACCAUUGCAGGAAUAUCACUGCCAAACUGCGCAACAGAAUGCACGAAAAACCUCUCCGGUAGUUGAAAAAAAAGAAAAAGAACCUGCGAUGUAAUUAGGUAACUUAUUCAUGGUGUUCAGCUUCCGGUUUAUUCAGCUUAUUGCCAGUUGUAGGCAAAGUUCACUCGCACAUUAUCGCAUUCUAACUGGGUCGAUUGUGAGGAAACUGUUAUGUCAGUCAUUGACUAAAAACCCCCGCGCGUUAAGCCUUUGUGCGACGGACGUCCCUUAGAAAUAUAAAUUGCCCACACUGAUCACCAAUUCUACUUGCAAAGUGUUGCUGAUUGAGUUCUGUAAUGUAUUCUAGAGUGUAAAUUUAGUACUAACCUCGCAGACAAGGAUGCAAUGAGACAUUAAUUUUGCGUAGUUAGGCCUGCUAUCCAUUGGGCAACCAUCCCUUUUAUUUUCUUUCGAUAGCCUGUCCAUGCACUAACCUUUGGAUACAGAAACUAGCUGCUUCUCGCUGUACCAAAACUUGAUAGUUUUGGCGUUCAAUAUUUUUAACGGAUGCUCACAAAACACCGGGACUGCAUCGUGCGCCUUUGGCGCUUUGGUAUCCUGCGAGCUUUGGUUCAUCGCGUUUUGAAAGAUGGAAAUUUUGAUAUUCCCGCGAAAAAGAAGACCGAUAAAACGCAUCUUUCAUUGACUACGGUGAAACGCCCGGAAAUGAAGGAUGUUUUGAAAGAAACGGGAAAACUGAUAAAAGUAAAUAUUUGUUUUGAUCAAGUGAAAUUAAUGAGAAAUAACCAUAAACUAGUUUUGUGUUUUUGUUUUUUAAAAGCGGUUUGUCUGGUACCAGAUUUGUACAAUUACUUUCAAUCAAACAUGGAUCGGGUUUUGUUAAUUAUGACAGAAUGUAAUUAAAAAGCAUUAUGUUGACAGCUACAAGGCACAUGCUUGCCUUAAGCUGCGAGUAUCCCGCCAUGUUUUAAACAAAGGGCCUCUGACCAAGCCGGCAUUCUAAUCCGCCACAAAUAUGUGAAGCACGCGUCUUUCAAAGUCGCCUAGUACUUAAAGGAGCUAUGUCACGACCUGCGCAUGUGCAGCGUUUUAGGCUGUUCUGCUGAUUUUCUCAACUUUCCGCCAUAUUGGAUUUAACAAACCUGGUCGGUUUUUGGCAGCAAACCUCUAUUUUCUACAUCUUUUGAGGACUUAAAGAGAAACUACAAUACCAUGUCAGUCUUUCGCCGUUUUAGUAAGCCAUGGAGGCGCACGAUUCUAGUCAGGUUAGUAAUCGCUUCCUAUCUAUCGAUAGAUCGCCAUGUCACAAUGUCUCCAGUACGGAGAUUUCCUGAGAGUUUUUCUUAUUUUGGGCAACAUUUAAGAAUACUAGUCUUGACAAACUUGUCGUGUAUGUUCUCUUUUGUAGCCGAAUCGUAUUUACUGCACAUGCAAGAGCACUUGCUCGACAAAAAGAACAAGUACUGAAGUGUCAUGUGGGCAGGACUGUAAAUGUGGGUCUCAGUCAAAGCCGUGUCGAAACAAGGUAAUCUGUUCUCGAAAGGUUGAUAAAAUGUUGGAUCUAUUGUUGAUUUUUAUACAAAUUUCUUGAAAGAGGUGCAAAUUUGCAAUCUUUGGAGAGAAAACGUUUGUUGUUUUAGCAAAGGAAAUGUGCUGUAAUCCCCACGAUUUGUCCUGCAGAAUUAUUAUGAGGUCCUGUACUGUGUUAAUAUAUUUUUGGAUAAAUGCUCACCGAUUGUUUUUUUUGGUAUGGCAGUAUACCUUGUCAGUCUACAUUUUAGUGUCACACUUCUCCUCUACAAAUGUAGUCAUUAUACUGAACAAAAAUAUACACUAUUGUUUGUUUUCCUGAUAUUUUACCUCUCUUUGACAGGACUGUAUUCAAACUUUGGAUGAGCCAAUGGUGCACAAACUGUGUGUCAGAAGUCUACAAUGUGGAUUAGGGAGCAUGGACUACAUACAUAGUCUGCUAAUUAUGGACGAUGACAAUGAUAGUGACACUGAGAGUGAGCAUUUUGAUGUGUACAGAGAAACCCCACAGGAGUCUGAAUCCACUGAUAGCCAACAUGCUUCAGCAGUUGCGGGACCAGCACCUAACCCUUCUGCUGCAUCAAACUCACUUCCCUGGUGUAAGUGUAGUUUUUGUAUUGUUGUGGUCAGAGAAGAUGUGUUACAACAUUUGCAAGGUUCAGCAAGCUUUGUCUCGACCCAGAUGUGUUAGAAAUCGAGCAGCAGCACAGUGAUGAUAACAGUACAAGGGCCUUCAGGAAGGCUGCAUACAGGCAAUUUAUUCUUGAUCGUUAUGGACAUCUAGGGAAGGGUAACAGAAAGGUCUGUCCUUCGUGUGUGGUCAAAACUGUGCACAGACAUUAUCCUUCGCAGACAGGUGUGUACAUGGGGUACAGACCCGAAUGAGACAACCACCAUGGAACUGUGUUCUGCAUCUCACGAGAGUAGCUAGACUUGUAUUUCCCCAGUUUGUUCUUUCUCUAGUUCUUCAGAACUUUAUUAUAUUAUUUUGUUAUUUCUAAGUCAUGAAUGGAGUCGGCAACCAUCUUUUUCAUGUUUCCAUAACAUAUCCAUUUCCACCCCAAGAAAGGUCAAUAAUAGGCUUAUUUCAUGUGGAGGGUGGUUGUAAAGGCCAAAUUUUGAAAAGAGAGUAGGGGGAAAACCUAAAAACCUUCACUCAGGGGAUUAUAGAUUAUUUUUCUUGAUCCACUCCUUUAGUUUGUUACAAUGUUAUGCUUUUAUUGUAAGACAUUUACAUCAUUUUGUGAAGUAAAGAAAUCAAAGUGUUACAUCAGCAUGAAUUUCAGACGAUUGCUGAGAGGAGAUGACUCGAAGUAAUCGUCUGAAAUUCAGGUUAAGUUAUGAUUUACAAAAUUUGCAAUCAACUUAGUUGUGGUUGUUUCAUGAACUGAUUUCAAAAAUAACAAUGCAAUGAAAUUGUUGUUAGAAAAUGUCAUCUACAAUGGAGGUCAAAAGUGUUGGGACCUUUUCAGUGAUAUUAGUGAAACUAGCAAACCCUCUCCCCUCCCACCCCAAAUAAAGUUGAAUUUUGAGCAAAUGGGUGGAAUUGACUGCUUUAUUUGGCCACAACAGUGCUGGGGUGGGGAGUGGGAGGAUGACGGAAUUAGCCCAAAGCUGAUCAAAAAAUUGUCAUUAGGAGCAGAGUCCUAUGUAACAGUUACUUGGAAGGGCUUUUUCACACAGUCCCAAGUUCUUUUCUCCUUCAUUGUAGUUCUUUGUGCUAUAAUACAGUAGCCUGCAAAGAAAGUAGUGUCCCAUAGCCCAGGGCCUAUGGGUAUGUCAAGUUUUUUGAGGAAUUCACAUGACAGAAUAACAGUGUUAAAUCAAUUCUGCUCACCAAAAGUGUUGGGGCUAGUUGAAAUGACAUCUGGGCUACUAAAUGCUACCUUCAGCUUCCCCGAAGCUGUGAAACUGACUUUCUUUGCACUCUGUACAUGUACGUAAAGUAUGCAAACAUUAUUUGUACCAUUUUAUUUCGUACAUCUAAACUUGUUGGUGUUAAUAAGGACUGUUAAGUCAGUGACUGACUUAAACAUCUGUAGUGGCCGAGCCACUCAGGCUAUCCUCGGUGCAAAAUUGCAAUCACAUAAUCAUUCAUUUUAACAUACCCCCCAAAACAAAAGAAAAAUUAAUAACCUUUCAACUUAUAAAUAAACAUGAACAAAUUACCCAUUAUCAGCAAUUACAGCAAAGUGAGCAAGACGAUUGAAAAAGACACAUUUCAGCCUUUAGGGCAAUAUCCUACUGAUGCAAAGUUCCAACUUAGUUUUAGAUAUUUUGAGCAACAACAAUUUUCCGUCUGUCCUCUUUGAAUUUUUAUUACUACUUGAGGAAUUCUCUGAAUGAUCUUCAGUACCAGAUUGAAAUCUGCUCUUACGUGCCAUAAAAAGUUCCUUUGAAGGGGGUGCCUGUUUUUCAGCGAUGGUGAGAGCCAGCAAAGCAGGGUCGCUUUCAUUCAAAGACAGCCGCCUCGUAACACUAUCAGUAUCUUCUUUUCUCAUGUUAAAAAUCUUCACCAUCAUCACUGGAAUGUACUCAAACUUUUUCUUGACUGUGAUAAUUUUCACGUCCCAAUCAUUUGUUCGCUGAUUGUACUUUCUGGUUACUAUCUGCUGUCCUGCUUUUGUUGUUGCUGCUUCAAGGUUCAUAUGGAAAUUCCAAUAAAUGGCUGCAAGCUGUUUGCAUGCUUUGUGAACUUUGUUACUGUAACACAAGUAUGAUAACAAAAAGAUUACUAUUCACAGUCCCUUUAUUAUUUUUGUUUCAUAAUCUGCAUUGUAAAAUCAGUCUCAAUAAAAGUCAUUUCAAAUUUUGGAAAUUCUUCCCUUUAUUGCUGAGUAGUAAGUGCAGCUGAAUCCCAAUCUGGUAGGUUAGGUUCUAGACUUGAUCUUACCAGUCACUGGUUUUGAACCAUAAAACUGCCACGCUUUAAUAGCUAGCUGGUUGCAGCAUGCCAGGUGGGAUUCUUUCUUGUCAUGUUUACAUGUACAUUGUCUAUAUAUUAUUAUUAGUUCAACUGGAUCAAAAAGGUCUCGCAUGACAUUUGACGAAGUGUCAAAUUUUCCUCGUUUCACAGGCGUUAACAUAAUAAACAAACCUGUAAGAGCAUCGUUUUGAAGUAUAAACCAGUGAAAGGCUGUUGGCACACUUGAGUUUACCUGUGUGUCUGCAAUCAAAGGUAAAAGAACCACUAACCAUGAAAAAUUUAUUGUAAUAUAAUGCAUGCAAGGCAUUAUUGCCAUGGAAAUGAAUGGAAAUGCUACUAGGAUUAGCAUGCAGUCUCCUUUUUAAUGACCAAUUUCUAUUCUCCAAGUAACUGCAAAGAACUGUGAUACAUUGUAUGACUCAAUAAAAGUCUCCAGAGACACCACAGGAACUGCAAUAAAUUAUGAAAAACUGGAAAAACAAUGUGCAUUAUCUUGGAUGACUCUGGUCAAUGCUUAAUUAAAAAUUGAUCAAUAAAUGAAUCAAUCAAAAAAUUUAUCAAUCAAUGAAUAUAUUAAAAAUUAAAAAUUAAAAAUAUUAAAAAUUAAAAUUAAAAAAAAAAUUGAAUAUCAACAUGCCAAGAACUGGUUUUAUUUAGUUGGUAGUAAUAUGCUAAGUAAAUAAGCUCCCACAUCUUGAGAGCUAAAGAUUAGACAUAAGGGUUGCCUCUCAGCCAGUGUCACAUUUAUUGGCAAGAAUGUUGUCUCAAUAACUAAUAAUUUCUCAGGAAAAACAAUUAUUACCAAGAUUUGGUAUUUUACCUGAAUCGCACAUAAUAUUUAAAACUGUUAAGAAGCUUUGGUUCCAGGAUAAUUUUCUGGAGGGCCGCAAAAUAAUAGUAAUGUGAAGACAUUUAUUCAAUCUAGAAUCAAGUACAGCUGCAGUCUCACCUUCAAUGUGGCUUCGUUUUGAGGAAGGAACUGGUUUGUGGAUGAUGCAUGCCUCUCUCUCUCCGUUUUUACAAACGGUAGAUGCACUAUCCCUGUAAAAGAAAAUAGAUACAUACAUUCAAAACAACUGAUUAACUCAAAAUAAGACCGCCAGCAAACAGAUUGAACAGACAUUUUAUGCAUUUACCUUCUUCUUGUCUCGAGCGAUAGAAGAUGGGCAGCAAACAUGGAAUCGUUGUCGUAUCCGCACUUGAUCCUCGUAGAAACCCAAGAUUAGAAAAGUGUUCCAUCCAACGAAAUCCUUUUACGAGUCUUACGCCAGAACUGAAGCCUCGCUGAGUUGCUAGCGAAGAUUUUCUUGCGGCCGCUUCCUGAUCGGCGACCGCCAUGAGAGGACAUUUGUUGCCUCCAAACAGUUGACCUCAAAUAAGCCGUUGAUCAGAGUCAUUGAAACAAAAACACACAGGAACCUUCUAAAAGGGCUGUACAAUAGUAACUAACGUUUAACUAUGCGAACUGUUAACGGAUGGCUGCGAUAAAUAACGAUAAACUCCUGAUAUUGAAUCACCCGCAGAACUUGAAAAAGUUGGCGAACGUUUUCAAGAUGUAACGCUUCAUCGCGCACAUGCGCAGUGUGUGACAUAGCUCCUUUAAAAUCGGCGCUCUGGCCUGUUAUGCUCAUAUUUCGAUCUUGACAGUCUUGAGCUACCCCUACGAUGGAAGUCCCGCAGUUUGCGAGCACAAUCUAUCAAAGCCAAGAGAGAAUAUCUCAUUCUCUGUUGUCAAAGCCUACUCCUGAUAAGAUAAAAUUUUUUAAGAAGACACAAGAACAUAACAAAACACUUAAAAAACAAAAGAACUGUAAACAGUUUUAUAAUUUUCUCAGUCUUCUCCAGAAAGCGCCCAUGUAGCUUGGGUACGAGAGAAAGGGCCAUCUUCGGUACUCAUACCUUGGCUCCUACCAGAUGAAGGUCAAAAUAAUGCAACGUGGUCCUGCAUGUGGAAAGUUGGAAGUUGAACGAAUGUUCGUGUUUUGAUACGAAUAGUAGUGAAAAUGUAAAUUCUCAGUGUUUUUUUCGCCUAUUUGAAACCCUAUGAGAAUUUUAUUAAAAAUGUUCUUGACCUCGUAAACACUGCCUUUUUUCACUCCGGUGAGGAGAAAAUCGCGUUUCUUUUAGCUCCAUGUGCAAUGUGAAGUCGACGACGACCAUUUUUUGGAUGCGUUUUCAUGGCCGAUAAUUUGCUACAAGGGCUUCAGGCGGCUGCAAAUGCGACAUCACAGGCAGGGGUGAGUUUCUUGCUAACCAUUUUUCUUCUGAACGGUUCGGUUGGCGUUCGAACAUCAUAUAGCAAUGCAAUCGUGUACAGAUUAUAUAUUGUCAUUAACAUUAUUCUUAUUAAUUUUUUUGGCCAAUAACGAUAGGCCCUGCAAUAUUUUGAACAGCUAAAGAAUUCCCCAGACGGCUGGAAGCUAUGUGGUGAUGCCCUAAUUCGAAAUCUUUACAGGUAAUUGAAUUUUGAUCUUGAAGUUGUGUUACCUUGGUAUUAAGUCGUUAACGUUUUGGGCCUCAUUGAGCAUUAUUUCAGAACUUGAUUAAAAAGAUGCAUUGUUUGAUAUAAUUUAUAUUCAUUUUAUGUUAUCAUUCAUCAGGGGCACCCAACGACAAUUUUCGGAAAAAUAUCUGUUCGGAAGACGAUUUGAGAACUAGAAUUUUCGGAACAUUUGUUGUAAAAUUUCUUCCUUGCCUGCUUCUCCUAGGAUUUUCGAACUUCUAAAAAAUGGUAUAAUUGCCUAUUUUUAACGGAUUUUUACCCUAAAAAGGUCACCUAGAAUUUUCGGGAGCCUUUCUUCUGGCUAAAAUUUUCGAAAAGGUAAGUUUUGAUCCCUAUAAUUUUCGGAUCACUAGACUUUCAGCUAGGAAAUCCGAACAGAUGAAAAAUUUCUAGGGGAUAAAAAUAUGCCUAUAUCUACCGUUUAAAUACCAAAAUACGUUUAACAAUGCCAUGUUUAAGUGAUUUUGAACUAUAUUCUCGUUGGGUGCCCUUGAUUCAUAAUUCAUAUGCAUCCAUAUAGUACAUUGUCAUUCAUUCAAAAUAUUUUCUCUAUUUGUGAUUGACCACAUUUGGAUAGUCUGGAACCAGCGCCGCAGUGGGGGAAAAGGGCAAAGAACAGGGUCAACAAGGAAAAAUGCGGUGGGCUGGAGGGGGGGGGGGGGAUGCAGCAGAACCUAGAGACAUGCCUUUGAUGCUGCCAUUCUGUGAUACCAUUCUGGUGUCAAAUGUCUUCAUGUUGACAGAUUCUCAGUGCUGUGGACAGUAUUGCGCUCUUUCAAUAUCAUGCUCAUACAAUUUGAAAAAGAUUUUAAAAUAUGAAUGAGGGUGGAUUGGCGGCAUCAACGCAUUUCUCCAGGCUCCACCUUUUCUCCUCCCCAGACUACCUCUUGGCCUGCUUUGCUUCGCUAUAGCGAAGACCCCACUAUACAGCCUGUAACCAAGAAUUUUUUGGGUACCAUGGCACUUCGUUAUAGCGGGGUUCCAUCAAAAUCCUGCAAACAAGCUAUGUAAAUGACGCAGCUCAGGGCUUGUAAUAUUUUGCAUGGUCGUGAAGCCAUGAAGUUCAGGUAAAUCAGUAAAACUCACAAGAGCAUGCAAAAUACUGCAAAAUUUGGUAGAAAUCUUAUGAGAUAUGUGUCUGUACAACAUAUUUGAAAUUUAUCUCAGCAAAUUUAUCUUGAAACUUCGCCACUUAAACAUGCAAACAAAGUCCUGAAACUACCAGACGUAGAUUAUGUUGCGAAAAACUGGGCACUAGCCAUGACGUUAAAGGCUUUGCCAUUGGUUCAUUUCUGGAGCGUAUUGUUGUUGAAAGAGUAAAUGAUGACCUCUGUUUGAAAAACGUUGAAAAUGCAGGUCUGAUCAGCCAAUCAAUUUCUAGCGAAUUUUCCCUAAAAAUAACCACAAAAUUGGCCAUUUUUUACCAAUUGCUUUUUAGGCGAAGUUUGUCGCCAAAAAUUCCCAGGAAAUUGGCCAAUUUUUCUGGGAAUUUGUCCCUAAAAAUCCUGCAAAAUUUGACUUAUUUUUCACGACCUAUGACAAGCCCAUAUAUAAUGGCGCGAAUUGCGCAAUUGAUCAGAUUUGAAAAUAUCAUCGAUAGAAGUCGGUAUAUAUUUGGAGAUAAACUGGCUUUGUUUAUGCGAUUUGGCACAUUUUUUAUGAUGUAAGCAAAGCAAGAUAAUAUGAAAUGUUUGUUUUAACUUUACUCUUUUAAUAAUUUAAAUCUAAAACUUAGAGAAAUCUGGUUGCCACUUUGGUAACUAAGCCAAAACUUUUAGUCGCCAAGGAGACAAUGUUAGUUGCAUUGGCGACCUUAUCACUUGCGAUUUCAAGCCCUGAUGUGUCAUAGAGUUUUUAUAGUGGGGUUUCACUGUACAUGCAAAAAGGCAAGACAUCAACAUCCCACAAACAAGCCAGGGCUGGGGUGAAAACAAGAAUUGGGACAAGUGGGAUUUCAAUUUGACUUGCAGAAUGCUCCAAAUCUUCUUGUGGCUCCAACACCAAAAACAACAGCAAUCACCUGCUUGUCUUGUCAGCUACACAGGCUAAUCAGCUAUGUAGCUGGAAAUGUCAUAAAGUGUGUUGCAGUUAUUGAAAAAGUUAAUUAUUUGAAAAACUGUGGAUGUGUUUUUACCUAUGUAUAUACCUGGUUGAUACAGUUGAGGCUCUGGACUGUACACUCCUCUUAAGUAGACAGCUCUUCUUUCAGCUUAUGUCAGUUUUUUCACAUACCUGGCGUUACGCUUCAAAACACCAGUUGAAUUUUAUGCUUGUGCCUGAAUUACAGCAUUGUCAGAGCAACUGUAUCAAACAGUUUUUUUCUUAGUAUCCUGGUAUUUAUUCAUUACAGAAAUGCACCCAUUGAUAAUUAACGAUCAUGAAAAAUGACAUAGUGAGAGUGUCAAUCAAGAAAUCCCCUGUGUAUAUCCUUUUCCUGAUUAUUGUUCUUGCUAGAAAUACCACAAAAUAAUUUGACUAAAACUUCAUGCAACUAACAAUACUUCAGUCUAUCUGUCUAAAUUUAAUCCAAAUAAGGACAUGUAAUUUAAACCCUUUAAAAUUGAUUACAACACUUAAAAUAAUGGUAACAUACCAGUUUGUAUUGUUUCUGCAUUGUUUCUGGAAAGUGUGGGAAUUGUCAAUCACUAUAAAGUUCAUAAGAGACCGAAAAUGGCUUUAUGGGUACCCCACUUUUCACAUUUGACAUUUAUCCAUGGAUGCCAAACUGUAAUGUUGUAGCUGAGUAAGCUCCCAUAAGCUGCCAAUGAUAUAACCCUUUCACCUCUAGUGGCUGCAGACGAGAACCAUUCUUGUAAGUGAUCAGCUUCAGUUAUGGACACAUUUCUCUCAUCUCAAGGGUGCCUGCACUCACAUGAGCAUCUAUUCUAGUACAUGUACAUAGAUAGCUCCAGUAUCACAUCAACUGUCUUGUGUAUGGGUGUGAUAUAAGAACAUUUCAUCUGCCUUUAGCCUCCCAAGGCAGACGUUCUUAUUGGUUUCUUUUGUGUUGUUGUUUUAGUGAUGAAAGUGUCAAGUUCUUUUGCUUUACAAUACAAUACAAUACAAUACAAUGUUCUUUAUUUUGAGAGGGUAGAUAUACAUGAUUAACCCAGUUAAGAGUUUUCUAACACAUGGCCCUCUAAAACUAAAAGAAAUAUAUACAAAUAAAUUUCAAAAAUACACACAUACAAUAAUUAAUUGAAUGUAACAUUUAAAAUGAAAUUAAAAUUAACACAAUAUAAAAGUUUAAUUAACAUAGUUACAAACAAUAUAUCGCAGCAAACUUGGACGAUUAGGAGAAAUAGCAAUUGCAGUAAAGCAGGAAACGGCAUGCAAAACAGCAAAGUUCUUCGAGAUGGGCAACGGAAUUGAGUUUUUGAAUGAAAUGCUUUCAAGUAUUAGAGCAUCACAUAAAAACAAGGUAAAAUUAAACAUUGAUAAUUUCUAAUUAUAAUGAUUAAUAAGAAGUUUUACAUAAUAAUUAUUAUAAUGUGGCAUCCAUUUUAAAAUUAAAUCUUCCUUCCAUGGAAAAAUCAAAAAGGUUUUAUUUUGUCGGUUGAUCGGCCAUUUUAAAUUUUUGUCCACCAUAUUAUUCUGAAUAACUCUUAUUAAAAGAUGUUAUCAGAAAAUUUAAUUUUUAAAUAUUUACUCACUUGGUAUGAUAUUAUGUAGGCUAUCAAUUGGGUUUAAUUGUUUCUUACCAGGAAUGACUUAUAAACAUUUGAUCGCUAGCUGUAUUCAGUAUACACAUGCUUCUGAAAAUUAAUAAGUCUCCUGUCCCGUACAAGACAUCUUGGAUGAUCUUGUCUCAGUGUCUGAUCCUGCCCAAAAAAUGGCUAUGUUUUUUUAUUUUUUAUUUUGUGCACAGACAUGUGUCAUCAAAUCUUGUAGAUCAACAAGCACUCAGAGAGAUUCUUUUGACCUGGCUACGAAAUCAGGUACACUAGGAUAAUUAUUUUACUCUACAGUAGAAUCCCAAGGAACAUUUUCUCUUUUUUUGCCACUCACCCUUGAUUGUAAUGUCUAUCUUUAGGUGAAAAAGGAUGUCUUGCUAAUAUCUUUGACGUAUUAUUAUGGUCUAGACUCUCUCUUUGUCUUUCAUCAAAAUUGAAACAACAUUUUUUAUGUCAAAAGGUAGAGCAAAAUUGUCAAACGUUGUUUUUUAUAGUUGUGCAAAGAUACCUAAAAGUGGACAUAAGUGCAUUAAUGGUUUGCAAAGCCAUGAGAGUCUUCCUAGCACCUUUGUUCUUUGAAUUCUUAUACCUACACUGUAGCGGUAAUUGCAACAUUUUCACUGCGAUUUUUCAUUGACCCUUGUUGUAUUAAACUUUUCAGUGUUGUACCGAGUCAGAUAACAAGAAUUUCUUGAAGAACAAGGCAGCACAAGUCUUAAGCUUGAUCUUUGUCUGUGAUUAUCCUGAGAAGGUUAGCUGAGUUAUUGUUAUUUCAAGUGUGAUGAGUGUGAAUACUGAUAGAUACCCUAAAUUGUAACUUGUGCCCAGAUUUCAUUCAGUGUGAGAGAACUUCAUUUAAUUUCCUGCCUCUUUCACAAGCUGCCUUUAGACAGUGUUAUGACCUCAUGGCUGGUAAACUCAUGCCUUCCAGCUAUGAGCCCCCACACCAAUGGAACCAGGCACCUGUCCCAAUGAUUUAUCAGAGAAAAAUUAAAGGGAGCCCUUGUAAAAAUUUAUUAGCGAUCGCUGUCAAAAUCGCGUAGCGUUUUUGGCCGGAUUUCGCGGCGCGAUCGCUGCGUUAUUCGCGGAGCGAUGGGAGCGAUCGCGGCGCGAUCGCUGUCAUCAAUCGCUUAGCGUUUUUGGCCGGAUUUCGCGGCGCGAUGAGAGCGAUCGCUGAGCGAUCGCUGUCGUCGAUCGCUUAGCGUUUUUGGCCGGAUUUCGCGGCGCGAUGAGAGCGAUCGCUCAGCGAUCGCUCACCGCAUCAAUCGCUUAGCGUUUUUGGCCGGAUUUCGCGGCGCGAUGAGAGCGAUCGCUGUCAUCAAUCGCUUAGCGUUUUUGGCCGGAUUUCGCGGCGCGAUGAGAGCGAUCGCGCCGCGAUCGCUGUCAUUAAUCGCUUAGCGUUUUUGGCCGAAUUUCGCGGCGCGAUGAGAGCGAUCGCUGAGCGAUCGCUGUCGUCGAUCGCUUAGCGUUUUUGGCCGGAUUUCGCGGCGCGAUGAGAGCGAUCGCUCAGCGAUCGCUCACCGCAUCAAUCGCUUAGCGUUUUUGGCCGGAUUUCGCGGCGCGAUGAGAGCGAUCGCUGUCAUCAAUCGCUUAGCGUUUUUGGCCGGAUUUCGCGGCGCGAUGAGAGCGAUCGCGCCGCGAUCGCUGUCAUUAAUCGCUUAGCGUUUUUGGCCGAAUUUCGCGGCGAGAUGGCAGUGAUCGCUCAGCGAUCGCUGUUGUCGAUCGCUUAGCGUUUUUGGCCGAAGUUCGCGGCGCGAUUGGAGCGAUCGCGCCGCAAUCGCUGUCAUUGAUCGCAGAUGGUUUUCGGCCGAAUUUCUCGUUGCAAUCACGGUCCGGACGAAAAAGACAUAAAUGAGUAUUUCUUAUCUCAGAAGAAGAGCAGUGAGCUGAAAUUUGUCCUGAAAGUUGCAGUAACAUUUUACUAACUUGUGACAAACGGAGAGCUUCUGAGCUUUGCCGAAAAUCGUGCAUCAUAGAAAAUGACCGCUCCGUUUGAAAGCCCCUGGUCCGGCCAGUGGUUCCGGCCACUUUGGCUACUUUAAUUGGAAGCCGACAUCAAAAGUGCGUAAAAAGAAACCUUCCAAGCACCAUCUGAUCUAAAUUCCUGUAUAAUUUUUAUAGGCUGCUCACUUAAAAUUCGAAACCAAACUGAGAUUUCUGUGUAAAGAGCUAACGUUUGGUCUCUCGAAGAAACUAAACCGUGAAAAGGUCAAUUCGCCACCAUUUUAAAUGAAUUCAGUCAAAGUUUAGAGGGAAAAAAUAUUUGUCGUCGCUUGUUUACGUCCUCAAGAAACACCUCCCAUCACCAAAAUGUUGUCUAAGUCAUGCCGCGACCGAAAAGCGUGCGUCAUGCACGUGCAGGACGUGCAGAGUAAUAUUUUCCGUGUUAGGCCCAUUGCUUGCCAAGUUUUUUGACUUUGCUAAAUGCUACAGCUCCCAAAUGAAAUAUAAGUUUCAUUUUAUGGCCUUCUAUAUCACUGCUUAAUAAAUAAAGUGCAGUGUUACUGGGAAAUUUUCAAACAGGCUUUCCCUUUUCAAUCACUAUUUGGCUAGUUUGGCCGGACCAAGGACAUAGUACGCAAAAUUUAUUUUGAAAUAUUAUCUAAACUUUGGUUUUAAAAUUCAACCAGUCCACCGAAUUUUUUUUUUUUUGCAAGUCGAAAGAACAUUUCUUGUACGCCGUGUACACCAAAAAUUAGCUUUCUUAACACUUAAUUGCAUACCUGAACUAAAAAUGCAUCCAAGUAAUUUAAGGCGCCAUAAAAAAGCAAAAAUAACAGAACAAAAUUCACCUACGACAAUCGAGCUUCAGAAGGCAAACAGAUCAAUAAAAAAUCGGAAAGUUUCGUUUGUAGUUUAACCUUAUUUUCUUCCGAAAAUUACGUACAUCACAAAUUAUAACGGGCCGGAACUUAUCCGAACUUAUCCGAACUUAUCUAGGAAAGAUCGAAGCUACUCAGUCUGCAAGCAGGGUAGUAUAAAUCAUGUCAAGAUAAAGCUAAAUUUUCAACUUAAACGGGUCUAAAUAGGGAAUGAAUUUUCAAAAGAAAGGUCUUAUGUGAGAGUUCAGUGAAUCGUGUUUUUUAUUCUUAGCUAAGUGUGAGCAGAGUAAAACGUUUUAUAUCCUGAAGUAUUGAGAUAAUGAAACCGCCUAUAUGCAUUGAUUUCUUUUCUUUUGAUCCACUUGUCCAUGUCUUCAGAUAGGUUCAUCCUAUUAGGGAUAAAAAUAUUUUUUCUUUUUUCCUCACGCUAAUGAUAUGUUUCAUGUUCAUUUACCGUGCUUAAAUAUUCUGACUGAAAUUCUCCAUACUUCUUUAUUAAGCCAAUUUAAUGUGACGUCCCACAUUUUUUGUCUUCAGCCUAAACGUUACCUUUGAAAUUUACAUAAUGUACAAACUGAGUACUCACAACUGUUGUCUUUGCCUGAUUAAUUGUUGCUGCAGAAUAUUCAAGAGGCCAUCAUGGCUCUUGGUAUAUUGCCAUGUUUAUGCCCCACAGUACGUCCAGAGCGGUUUUCCUGUUGAGAAAUUAAAACCAGUUAACCAAGAGAGUUAUUCCCGAAAUCAGAGUAUUGAAAUAUUCAAAUCAAGACAAAUCACUGAGUUGUGAAGCUCAAGUAGCUUAAGACUUACACCCCCCGAAGGAUAUAAAAAAAUGAGCUAAAAAACGAAGGCUCCAAAAUCAGAAGUUUUGCUUUCUCGAACUAUUAAAAGGUAGCUCGAAUUUUUUAGCUUUUGUUUGUUUGAGAAGCCUAAUAAAAAAGGCUAACCUUAAUUGUGUUAUAAACUAUGAAAAGUGCCGGAAAGUAUAAAAUCGACAACACCGAAUGAAUAUCAAGCUUAACCCUAAUUAGAUUUAAAAUUAAACUUAGUGAUAAUAAGAAGUGAGUAGACUUACCUUUUUGAGUACGUUUCUUUGUUUGAACUUUCAACAUGUCAAAAGAAUCAUUAAGAAAAAUUUUUCAAUGUUUAAACAGCAAUAAACGGCCAUUGCCAAUUGCAUGACAAGUGAAAUUGAGAGCAAUUUUACGGAAGCCUGUAAGGGACAUUCGAGAUGCGAGAUAAAAAUGCGAGAUGCGAGAUAAAAAUGCGAGAUAAAAAUGCGAGAUAAAAAAAUGCGAGAUAAAAAUGCGAGAUAAAAAAAUGCGAGAUAAAAAUGCGAGAUAAAAAAAAUGCGAGAUAAAAAUGCGAGAUAAAAAUGCGAGAUAAAAAAUGCGAGAUAAAAAUGCGAGAUAAAAAAAUGCGAGAUAAAAAUGCGAGAUAAAAAAAAUGCGAGAUAAAAAUGCGAGAUAAAAAUGCGAGAUAAAAAAAUGCGAGAUAAAAAUGCGAGAUAAAAAAAAUGCGAGAUAAAAAAUGCGAGAUAAAAAAUGCGAGAUAAAAAUACGAGAUAAAAAAAUACGAGAUAAAAAUGCGAGAUAAAAAUGCGAGAUAAAAAAUGCGAGAUAAAAAAAUGCGAGAUAAAAAAUGCGAGAUAAAGGUGAAAGGUGUUGACAGGCCAAACACGACUCAUAAGCUCGUGAUAGUGUGAUACGUGACCUUAUAGUUUUGCUCUAACGAGGAUAUCUCCCAGCGAUUUUGCUCUUUUAUAUGAAAUGAUGGGAGGCUCGUUGUAUAUUUCUCUCAGUAGUGGUUGAUCUUGAAUUAAGUGCCAUUUGCUCAUUAAAAUGUUUUUAAGGUUCGGCAAAGCAGGGUGGUAUGUGGUAACGAAAGGCAGAAUUUUCUUUCGCACUUCAUUGUUCUUUUGUAAAGCUGACUUCCGUUCGGUAAAUUUAACCUCAGAGGUGAUUUUUUCUAUGAGAUUGUGAGGGUAACCUCUAGCGCGAAGGCGUUUUUUGAAGUUGUAGAUGUUCUCAUAGAAGGAUUUAGCUGAGGAGUUAGUUCUCAGAAGUCUAAGGGCUUCGCCCUUUAUGAGACCUUUUCUGACCCCGUGGGGGUUACAGGAAGAGAAAUGCGUGUAUUGAAAAGUCUCUGUAGGUUUAAAAUGUGUGCGGAUGUCAAGGAUUCCUUGGUUGUGAAAUCUCUCGCCUUUUCCAAAAAGUGAAACAAAUAGUCGGCAGGGGCAACUUUCCAAAAAGUGAAACAAAUAGUCGAAGAACUACAUCAGGGAAGUUUUAUUGACGAAAUGACUGUUAAAUGGUUAUCACAGACACCUAACCCACCCAGAAUACCUGUCUUCUACACUCUCACAAAGAUUCAUAAGCCAACUCCUGUUGGCCGUCCUAUAGUGGCAGGAAACGACGGACCCACCGAGCGAAUAUCAUCAUUCGUUGACAGCCUACUUCAGCCUAUAGCUAAGUCACAAAAGUCCUAUCUUAAGGACACAACUGACUUUAUUAACUUCAUAGAAAGGAGAAACCUCUCAGGGGACGUUUUCCUAGUCUCCUUAGACGUUACUAGCCUGUACACAAAUAUCCCACAGGAAGAGGGAAUAAACACAGUAUGCAAAGCAUACCAGACUUUCUACGGGAAAAACACCCCCAUCCCCACACAAUCCCUCAGAAGAAUCCUUAAACUUAUUCUUCAAGAGAACUCGUUUGAAUUCAACGGCAAAAACUAUCUCCAAACACACGGAACCGCAAUGGGUACAAAGAUGGCAGACGCCUUUGCCAACAUCUUUAUGUCGGUGGUACAGACAGAAAUACUGAACUUCAGCAAAACUAAACCUGUUGAGCGGAAAAGAUACAUUGACGAUAUUUUCUCAUUGUGGAAAACUGAUAGAAAGGAGAUAGAUGAAUUCAUUGCUCUUGCAAACAGGCAUCACCUUUCAAUUAAAUUUACGGCUGAAAUAUCUGAUAAAGAGAUUAACUUUCUGGAUACAACUGUUUACAAAGGCGAGAGAUUUCACAACCAAGGAAUCCUUGACAUCCGCACACAUUUUAAACCUACAGAGACUUUUCAAUACACGCAUUUCUCUUCCUGUAACCCCCACGGGGUCAGAAAAGGUCUCAUAAAGGGCGAAGCCCUUAGACUUCUGAGAACUAACUCCUCAGCUAAAUCCUUCUAUGAGAACAUCUACAACUUCAAAAAACGCCUUCGCGCUAGAGGUUACCCUCACAAUCUCAUAGAAAAAAUCACCUCUGAGGUUAAAUUUACCGAACGGAAGUUAGCUUUACAAAAGAACAAUGAAGUGCGAAAGAAAAUUCUGCCUUUCGUUACCACGUACCACCCUGCUUUGCCGAACCUUAAAAACAUUUUAAUGAGCAAAUGGCACUUAAUUCAAGAUCAACCACUACUGAGAGAAAUAUACAACGAGCCUCCCAUCAUUUCAUAUAAAAGAGCAAAAUCGCUGGGAGAUAUCCUCGUUAGAGCAAAACUAUAAGGUCACGUAUCACACUAUCACGAGCUUAUGAGUCGUGUUUGGCCUGUCAACACCUUUCACCUUUAUCUCGCAUUUUUUAUCUCGCAUUUUUUUAUCUCGCAUUUUUUAUCUCGCAUUUUUAUCUCGCAUUUUUUUAUCUCGCAUUUUUAUCUCGCAUUUUUAUCUCGUAUUUUUUUAUCUCGUAUUUUUAUCUCGCAUUUUUUAUCUCGCAUUUUUUUUAUCUCGCAUUUUUAUCUCGCAUUUUUUUAUCUCGCAUUUUUAUCUCGCAUUUUUAUCUCGCAUUUUUUUUAUCUCGCAUUUUUAUCUCGCAUUUUUUUAUCUCGCAUUUUUAUCUCGCAUUUUUUAUCUCGCAUUUUUAUCUCGCAUUUUUAUCUCGCAUUUUUUUUAUCUCGCAUUUUUAUCUCGCAUUUUUUUAUCUCGCAUUUUUAUCUCGCAUUUUUAUCUCGCAUUUUUUUAUCUCGCAUUUUUAUCUCGCAUUUUUAUCUCGCAUCUCGCAUUUUUAUCUCGCAUCUCGAAUGUCCCUUACAGGCUUCCGUAAAUGUCCCUUACAGGCUUCCGUACAAUUUUCUUUUUCAAGGUACGCGUCAGCCUCAGGCGGUGUGCGUCACGAGAUUCGACCAAUCAGAAUGCGUCAUUUGUAGAGUGAUUCUCGUGCUCGGAAAGAGCCGUUUUCAGAGGUAUAUGUGGUGAAAUUUUCGCUUUAUUCCAAGCUUGUGUUGGUAAUGUCGACGCUAUACCGCCGUGGAAAGUUGUUGGAACACUUUAUCUUGAUAGCAGUUGCGUUACUUUUAAAUAUUUUGCUUUCUUGAGCGUUUGUGACAAGUUUGAAUUGCUCAGUUAUGUGCAGGCCGCCAUGAUGAUUUGAGUGUUGUUUUUGCCGUUCUUCUUGGAUUUAUUGCUGGUUACCGUUAGCGGUUUUAUCGAAUUAUUUUGGCCAUCUUGUUACUUCAACCUUUCUUCUUUGCAAAUUUCGGGGUCUACCCGGGUCUACCCCUGUUAGUUUUCCCGUUAUGAGCCGUUGAAAGUGUCUUGGAAUUAAGACAUCGUCUUAGCCAAGUGGCACAACUCCCGGGAAACUGGCUGAGAAAACAUGCCGAAGCGAAAGCCGACGUGAAGCGAGUAACGCCAAAUCCAGGAAGAGUUUGUGCUAUUUUAAACCACAAAAGGUAAAUAAGUUUGAAUAUUGUAAUAACCUUUGAAAAAAAAAACAUUUUUCAUAACCCAGUGCGGAAACUGAAAGCGUGACUUAAAGUAAUUUGCAUGCGGUGUGUGCUAUGUGUAUGCAAAUCUUUGUGCAAACUUAUGUAAGGGAAUAAAUUGUUAUAAAUCUCUACCAAAACACAAAACCAUUAUCGAAGAUCGAGACAACAUCAUAAAGGAUUUUAAAACUGUGAGGUUAGGUUUUACUUUAUAACAAAAUCGAUAUACUGCGCUCACUUCAAUGACCGCACAGACAAGAUCGUGGUUUAUUUCACUGUUUAUUUCCGCGACUGUAGCUUCGGUGAAAUUCCGAUUGUGCCGCAGCUGUUCGGCUCUUUCGGUCUGUUUUCCCCUUGCCUCAUAGAAGAUUUAUUUGCGCAUAAGGAUUUCAAACGGGCACUGUUUCCAAAAGAGUAUAAACUUGUCGAUGAAAAUAAAAUUGUUAUGAGAGACGAUUUCUCACCUUGCUGUUUGCACGCGCUCCCCCUAGCUGCUUUGCCGGUAACAUAGUCCAUCAAAUAUAUAAACACUUCUAAUGGACGAAUUUUUUUUUAGUUAAGCAAAUCCAGGUAUGAACUACAGAUCUCUUUCACCAUGAGAUAAAUACAUACAUAUAAACCAAACAGUACAUAAAAUCUUAUGAGAAGGCGGAAAUUAGUCGCCGCUCAAAGUCGGCUAGAUCGCACGAUCGUCUCCGAAUCGCGAUAAACUUCUUGAAAUUGUCUUGUGAAGCCAAUAGCAAGCAUCUAAGGCCACUAUGAGAUCUUGAAAAUUCUCGAAAUCGCUCUCUUCUGUAAUGUUUUUCGGAAAAGGCAGCAGUGUUUUGAUCCCUGGGUUUGAUUCAUUUCUCUUACGAGAUGCGAACUCGACCGUGUCACGAUUGAAAUGAGGCACAGUAACAGUUUUACCCAUGAACCUUUGUGGGUCGUGACGCACACCGCCUGCGUCAGCCUUGAAUCUUGGCCACCCGCGUCGCAGUGGCGGGAAAUCGGAUUUUGGAAUCCAGUCCCCAAGGGCGCGAUCCAUUCAACCAAAAUUUCCGGAAUAUUUCGGUCCAAAACUCUGGAUAGGUUCGGUCCAACCGGAAAAGUUUCGAAAAAACGGGUCCACCUUUUUAGGUGGACCAAUUUUCCCGGUCGGCCCGGUUGGAAUGUUGGUUGAAUGGAUCGCACCCCAAUACUCUGGAUUAAACCGUCACGUACAUGCAGGAUUCAUUUCUGUUAUCAAGGACCAUUAAGUAAAAAUCAUGUUGAUUACAUCCUUAUAUACAACAGCUUAAGGCCUGGAGCGUAACAGAAAUUCAUCCUUGGGCUUAAAAUGACUCAAUUAGAGGUGAGCGAGAAAAGGUUUCCUAGCUUUUUGCUAAUGUAACUCUGGUCAAAAACACAAGGAAAACCGUGCCUUCUCUAGAAACCGAUAAAGUUCUAACAAACUGAAAAUGACUGUUAUUAUAAGCUUAUAGUUUUUCCGAAUGUUCGACCUCCCGAUAUUGAUAUAUUUCUGUAGUCUUUUAGUUACUUAACUUUCCAGUGUUUUAUUAUAAUAUUAUUACUAUUUUGCCUGCCCUAAUAAUUUUCACAAUCGCAAGUUUUGAAGAACAACAUAAUGGAAUAUAAAAAUAAAAUAAUAUGCCCGGCAGCCGGGAAGGGUCUAAGCUGCACGGCAGUCAGAAUGUUUUUUUGAUUAUCUUCAAAAUCUUUUUUUCUAAAUAUAAUCGUUUGAAAGUAUCAUAUCUUCGUUUAGAAUUACCAAGGGAUUAGGAAAACAGGAAUGGCUUAGCAGUAGAGCGGUUGUGGUUUCUUGGGCAUAGAGCCUGAGAGUCGACGCCGUUUCGACACUUAGAAACAUUCGAGACUCGCGAGUACGUUUUCGCACAGGCUAAAUAUCCAGCAGUUUGAAAGCCAUCUGGAAAGUUGGAAAGCCUGUUAGUAAGCCAAAGGAUGCAUACUAGCCUCGAUUAGUUUUCCAAAGCAAUAACGAGAAUAUUAAGUGCUUUCAUUAAGAAACCUUAGAGUCAAUGCACUGUGUGAAUCAACUAACGUGUGGGAAAAAAGGGUGCAAAGGCAAACGCAGUGCGAAUUACGGCCCAUAACAAACGGGAAAGGCGGUCCCUGAUAACACCAAAUUAAAUAUAGCCUGUUAUAAAAAAAAAACUAACGAGUCACGAACGAUAAGGAAUAACAAGACGAGCUAUUAACCAGACUAAAAGGGGCGUAAAAGACGUGAGAGCUCAAACAGAAUAAUAACCAUACGACUAACUUAUAACAGAAAUCGCGACGAUAACUGUGAUCCUCGGUUAUCUCCUUCGCGAUAAUGGCACUGAGAUUGCGGACGCGAACUUAAUUAGAAUUGAUCGUGAUCACCACCUGGCGAUCGCGAUUACUGCACCACGAUCGAGAGCAAUAUGGCACUCGACGAUCGCCGAUUACAACUUAACUAAAUCGCACCGCGAUCGCAAUCACCGCUUCGCAGUAAGUACAAUGCCCCUGCGAUCGCGAUUACCAAACCGGGAUCGUAGUCCUGACAUAUAAAUCACGGAUUUGACUUUACUAAAUCAAGCCGCGAUCGUGAUCAUCACGCCGCGAUAAGUACAAUGUCGCUGCCAUCGCGGAUACUAUUUUUCAAAAUCGCACGACCCCAUCAGCUGCUUAGCGUUUAAUAUCAUCGAGCUAAAAUAAAAACUGUCUGUCUUCGCGAUCGCGAUCAUCUUCCUGCGAUCACGAUCGUUCCGCUGAGAUCGCUAUAGCUUCGCCACGAUCGCUCUAUCUUCACCAUCCUGACCCUGAGAUCGCGGAUAAUAUUUUUCUGAAUCGCGCCGCGAUCGUAAUCCUCUUCCUGCGAUCACGAUCAUCGGACUGAGAUCGUUAUAACUCCGCCGCGAUCGCGAUUUCAUCGCCAGCAUCGCAAUCCUAACCUUGGGAUCGCAGAUACGAUUUUUCAAAAUUGCGCCGCGAUGGCGAUCAUCUUCCCGCGAUCACGAUCAUCACGUUGAGAUCGCUAUAACUUCGCCGCGAUCGCUCUAUCUUCCCCGCGAUCGCGUUCACCACGCCGCGAUAAGUACAAUACAGCUGCGAUCGCGAUUUCAUCGCCAGGAUCGCAAUCCUGGCUCUGAGAUCGCGGAUAAUAUUUUUCUGAAUCGCGCCGCGAUCGUAAUCUUCUUCCUGCGAUCAUGAUCAUCGUUCUGAGAUCGUUAUAACUUCGCCGCGAUCGCGAUUUCAUCGCCAGCAUCGCAAUCCUGACCUUGGGAUCGCAGAUACGAUUUUUCAAAAUUGCGCCGCGAUCGCGAUCAUCUUCCCGCAAUCACGAUCAUCGCGUUGAGAUCGCUAUAACUUCGCCGCGAUCGCGAUCACCACGCCGCGAUCGCGAUCACUACGCCGCGAUCGCGAUCAUCGCGUCGCUAUUGCAAGCGCGAUUUACUUCAAUUGCAUAGCGAUCGCUGAUAUCGCGCCGCGAUCAAAAUCAUCGCGCCGCGAUCACGAUCACCGCGUCGCGAUCGCGAUUACCGCGUCGCGAUCGCGAUCAUCGCGUCGCGAUCGCGAUCACCGCGCCGCGAUCGCUAUAACCUCGCCGCGAUCGCGAUCACCACGUCGCUAUCGCGGGCGCGAUUAAUUUAAAUCGUGCCGCGAUAUGCACAAUCGCGCCGCGAUCGCUGCCAUCGCUCCGCGAUCGCGGCGCGAUCGCUAAUAAAUUUUUACAAGGGAGGGAAUGGUUGGGGGAAACGCACAAUCCAAAGCCUGAACAAAGCGAGUAAUCGCCUUGAAAGCGUUCUACUAAGCACAUGGAGCUGAUGUUAGCAAGGGUGACUGCACUUGAGCCACCACACUGACCGCUGAGCAACAACACACAACGGCACUCCUUGUUAUUAACUGCAUUAAAUGUUGUUUAAUUUUAUGUUACAUUUCUCUUCUCCCUGUAGUGGCCGCUGUUUUUCUCAGACCUCCUCCAGUGCUUGCAAUAUGGAGCAUUAGCUGUGGAUAUGUACCUUAGGAUUUUGAAGGCAAUUGAUGAGGAAGUGGUUGAUAGAGAUGUGAUAAGGAGUCAACAGGUUAAUUUUGUGUAUCGUUUUACAGUCAAAUCAGGUCAAGCAUUCCCAUUGCUAACAAAAAAAUGAUUUUGUUUGUUGAUUCAAUAAUCCAUUGAUAAAAUGAACAAUCCAACAGUCAAAUUGUACCUCGAUUCAAUAAUUAAAUGUUGAUUUGGUUUAUGAACAAAAUCUACCUGUUCUUUGUUCUUGUCCCGAUUGUGUUCAAUAGUAUUUGCUUCCCUUUUCUGCCGUUUACGAUUCUGUUUUUUAUUGCCAGCUUAUCAAAAUAACAGCUAGAAUAUACAGACCGCAAAUGCGAAGAAACUGACAAAGGCCGAGGAUCGAAAUCCACCAAUCACCGCACAUACAGUGACCUUAGUUUAACCAUAGUGUUUUCUGAGAGGUCACAUCUGUUGCACUGAUUACUGGCAUGCAGCAAACUGGCGUACAUGUAACAGUUUGUCUGGCCUUGAACUUCAGAACUCACCCGCACUUGACUCGUAGAAAAAAAGAAGAAAAUACAAAAUUCUGAGGUCGACUUGUGGGAAGUGUAGUUUUUCAAAAAACAGUAAUCAAAUCAACAUUCGAUUAUGGAAUCAAGGCUAAAUAUGAAUAUUGGAUUGUUCAUUUUAUGAAUGGAUUAUCGAAUCAACAAACGAAGUCAUUUUUCUGUCAAUGAAUUCAUUAGUUCGUUAGAAACGGGAAAGCUUGACCUGGUUUGACUGUAAAAGCUGUAAUGCUACAAUUUCCAUUGGUGAAAAUAUCUCCAACAGAAAUUGAUAACCUAUUCAAUUCUAUAUAAUAUUGUACUACCCAACAUCUCAUACGAGCAGCUUGCAGCCACUGAAGCUGAACCCGUUUUAGUGGGUGUCUGUAAAGCGGGUUUGGACUGUACCUAAAUUUUUUAUUUGCCUAAUAUAAAAGCUUGUUAAAGUUUGUCAUUCAAGCUGUUUUUGUUGUGACAAAGUCCACCAUGCCACACACAUGAAGUUGUAGGUGCUAAUAUGAAUCUAAACAUGUUGUGCAAAGGGCUACGCUGUACAUGUGUGAAAUUGCUCCUGAUGAAAAUCAAAAUCCUUUGGAGUUAAAACACUGCUUCUAGAAUCUUGCUUGUCACAUCUUGAAACUUGUGCAAAGACUCAAAGAUUUGAUUUAAAACUGUCAACUUUUGUGGAGUUUCAGUUGGUUGUGAUUGUACAAGUUUGUAAAACCAUUUGUGACCUUAUUUAGGAAAAGGGGGAUUAAGGUGAAUAACAAAAAAACGUGUUUUCUCGCGUUUUAAACAUAAACGUGUUAAAACACCGUUAAAACGUAUUUAAACAACGUUUAAACACACAAAAAACGCGUGCGCAAGAUUUUUAUGUCGAAAGAGCUUUAUACAAACGACGCGUUUAAACGCUGUUAAUUUACCUCAAAUGAGCGCAUAAUUACAUGGACAUUUGCUUCAUUAUUGGUUGUCAUCCGGGGUUACUCUGAUUUAUUUGAAGCAAUGGAGCUCGACAAACCAUCGAAAACUUAAUUCACGGACUCGGAACGGAGAAGAAAUGCGGGAUCGAAAGUCCAACCAAAUAUGGCGGAGUUCUUCGAGGAAGAAAACAAAACACUAAAUACUCGGUGACUCAGUAAGUAAAUCAUAAGCAUAAACUUCAACUGAAGUGAGGAAUGUACGAAUGAAUAUUACAUGAUGGAGCGAUAAACAGCGCUGUUGCAGCGGUGCAGAAAAUUCCCGAAUCACGAUCUGGGCUGGAAAGUGGCUGCAAAGUGGCUUUGAAAAGAUAAAAUGUUGUUACCGGUAAUGGCCUACCACUCGUCAGUACAAAAAAAAAAUGAAUUGCAGACUUCAAUAAUACAAUAAUCAUGAGACACGGUAGAGGAGUUGACAAGGCCUUAGUAACGGUGUAAAAACCACUAGAAAGUCAAAAUACAACUGAUACUUUUAAUCCACGCGUACACGUUACAAAAGCACGUGACAUAACAAAUCUGCAAAAGUCUCGCUUUGUAAUAUUCAGCAAUAACUCAUCUAAAUGUAAGAACAUGCAUUAACAUGCAGACAAUUAAGUUUAUCUUUUUUAAAAAUAAAGAGAAUAAGAGCGAUUGUGCUACAUAACGUUUGCACGGACCCACGCCAAAUGAUUUUUGAUUCGUUGCAACAGCGUAAGCCCGACACCGCUCACCUUGACGUUUUUUCCAUGAUCCACGAUCUGUUACACUUUUUUCAUGAAAGAAGUCAACCCAAUUUUACUUUAGUCGUCGUUAAAUUUUACAAUGGACUAAGGAACGUACAUUAUCGUGAACGUUUUAAUCAUGUAAGUGCAUGCGUACCCCAGCUAAGAUUCUUGUAUCCGAGUUGCUUGCUCUGGUUCGAUUCGUCGGUACUUUAUAGCGUAGAAUUCACUGUACAGUGCCGUUGUUUACAAAUACCUUUGAGCUGUUCCAUCCAAAAACAUCAACAGAACUUCCAUCUCGAAACAGAACUAGACGCAAAAAACUUACAAUGUAUGAAUGUUUGCGCCAUUCAUUCAACGGUCGCAAAUGUUUGUCUAGAUAUGUAAUGGUAUCUCUCAUGCAAAGGUGCCGACCAAUUAGAUUACAGCCUAGGAUGUCUCAAGGGAAUUAGCGAUAACAUUCCCACACUCGCUAGUCACGGAAUGAAAUUUAUUGAAAUCUUGAUUCAGAACACAUAGAAUUUGGAGGUUUAUUCAAUAAGUGAUCUUCCCUGCGCACAAGCUUACUCACAUUUGUUAGAGGUACAGUCAAAGUUUUCUCGUUAUAAAAGCGGGCGAAAAGCUGAUAUUUUCUGUUAUUACGGGGCGAGCGUCACGACAUUGUGACCAGUGACCCUGAAUGCGAAAAUAUUCAUGUUAGUCGAACGAUAACAUAAAACAUGACUGAAGGCUUGCGGCAUUAUUUUUUCAAUUCUGCUUCGCUUCUGGCGACGUGCUUUUGUCGCCAAAAAUUCCAAAGAGGAAAAACGAAGGAGUCGAAUGUGAAGAUUUAAAGAGCAUGAAAAGAUUAAAACAAGCAAGCUUGAGAAAAAGGAUUGACCUUUUUGUUGGUGAAGCCCGAUAUGCUGAUAGAAACAUUUUGAAGCGUCGUUAGGUAGUGUGCGUUUCUUUGACCAAUAUUGUUGGCUAUUGUAUUCAAAAUGAAUGCUCAAAUUCGACUGCUUGGUCCAUUCUUAGGAAGACUCGAAAACCGCAUCUUCUUUCCUGCGUGUGCUAAUUGUUUGGUUGCUGCCGUCUUCGCAUUUCAUAUAAUAGAACACUGGUAAUUUAUUCAUUCAAAUACGACUAAAUUAGCUUACUUUCCAGCAUACGAAAUGCAAUAUUGAAGUACAACAGAGCCGGUUGUUUAAACGCAUUAAAAAUCUGUUUAAACGCAUACAAAAUGCGUUUCCACGCUUUUCGACGAAGCCGAUUAAACGCGUUAGAACGUUGUUUUCUAAAUUCACCUUAAUCCCCCUUUUCCCAAAUAGGGUCACAUUUACUGAUCAAUCAGUUCAGAAGCUGAAUGAAAUUUUUCUUCCAUGAACAGGAAGCAGAGAGGAACAUGAAAAUUAAAGAUCACAUCAGGGAUACCUGCGUCACAGAGCUCGUUGACUCUAGGUUUCAGAUUCUGGUAGGUGGGAAUCUUGUAUUUUGGUACAACAAUGAGGUUGAGGUUUUGCUGACUGUUUUUUUAUUAUGUUUUGUAUGCAGAAAACAUAUGAAAAUAGUGUGUCAUCAAUAACAUGCCUUUGCCUGGACAUUAUUGGAGCAUAUAUUGAAUGGAUCGAUAUUGGCCUAAUUGCAAACGACAGGUUUAUCAGGUAAUGUUCAUUUUAAAAGGGGCAGAGUAAAGUUAAUGCAGACUGCGGACUGACUGUGGACUACGCGGAAUAAUAUUUUUAGGGUUAGAAAACAAUGGGACUUUUGGUGAAAGAAUGAAAGAUGGUAAAAUUUGAAUGUACACUCUGUAGUAUAAUUUAUGACCUCCCUCUCCAUGAGUUCUGCGUAGGUCAAGUGGAUAGAGUGCCCGCCCAGUGUUUGGGAGGUCAUAGGUUUGAAUCCUGUUGGGGACUCAGAUUUUUUCUUUGUCCCACGCUCGUGACAUGCUGAUUAUUUCAUUUUUUGUAAUGUUACUUUUGUUGUCACAUUGUCAUUUGUUUUGUGAAAACAAUAGUCAUCAGUCUGUGUUUCAUGCUGACUGAUGAUAAAAAUGUUUCCUUUGCUCUGUGUUAUUGUGUCCUUUCAAUUCUCAUAAAGUCAGUUUUUGCAAGUAGCCUUUCAGUGGUUAAGUUAACUGGCAGCUAAUAAUGUGGAAAAGCAUCAUUUCUCAUUGCUGAAAACUAUAAAAAGAGGAUUUUACUAUUAGCACAACCUUUGAUUUUGUGUCCUGCUUACAAAUUGAUAAUGUGUCUUUGUAGUACCUUUCUCCGGUACAUGUCAGUUGAAGUUCUUCGCGAGAGUGCUUGUGAUUGCAUACAUGAGAUUAUCAUGAAGGGAAUGGAGCCACUGGCAAAGAAAGAACUGGUGGAAUCUCUUCAGAGUGUUCUGGAGAAAAGCAGUAUCCUUGAACCACAAGAGUUACAUGAAUUCAUGUCUAAGCGUAACAUGUGUGUUGAAGAGUGUGAAUUCAAUACAUGGUUUCCUCCAUAUUCCCAGGGGUGAAUGGCUUAAUUUAAUUAUUUGUCAUUUGAAUCAUCACUUUUAGGAUGAAGAUGCUGACUUCAUGGCCAAGUUGGCAAAACUAAUGACUGCUUCAGGAUCGCAGCUUCUAAACAGCUACUCUAAGUAAGAGAUUAUUGAUUUGCAAGCAAAGUUUCAAACUGUGUUAAUUCUAGCAAGACAAUACUUCAGCGACUGAGAGUGGCAUUGUCAGGAAACGGAAAAUGUCAGACGCAAGUUGAUAAUUAAUUUUCUCAAAAUUGAAAACGUGCAGCAAAAAACAAGACAUAACUAAUGUGAAGCUACUAAGUUUGUGGUAGAAGUAGUAAACAGUACAGCACAACAUAGUUAGGGGCCGGGACAACUUGGUCACGUGGUACAAUUUUUCAGUGUCCCCAAUUAGAAAGGCACUGUGCCUGAGCUAUCAGACACGAGACUUUAAUAAAGUUCUGUCAUUUCUUGGUUCCCUCGUUAAAAAAGUCAUCCUUUUCAAAAUUUUCUUUCAGUUCUUCCUCCCCCCAACCUUAUACAAAGUUGAAACUUGGAAAAAAUUAUGCAUAGGCAUGUCCAACAUUGUUUGUGGGGUGAGGGGAGGUUUGGGCCUGUGUGAAUUGAAAAACGCCCCAGAAAUGCAAAAAGUAUCCCAAGACUUUUGUCCAUGAUUGAAGUAUUUCCUGGCUUUUCUGUCGGCUAAUCCAUCCUUUAUCCACUUGCUCUUUCCUUUAUGUCCUUGCACCCUCUGCCUGCCCUCAAUCUGUACCUACACUAGUACUCACUGCCUUUUGUUCCUCAAGUUAAAUGAUGGCCUUCAUGCAUAGUCCUAGCAUCAGCAUGACUCUUUUGGCAAGGAAAUGACAAUGGCCUUUCCUUUACUAACCCUAAUAGUGACACUUCACAGCCGUUUGGAGAGGGAAACAAUAAUAUUAUAAACCCCUUAAGCCCAAAUGUCCACAUAUAAAUUUUUGAGCCUGAUUUCUAUACGUUUCCUCACAACCUGUUAAAAUUAAUAACAAUUGAUCUCAGCAUUGUCCCCUUUAAUAGUGAUCAUUUUGGUAAUUCCAUAAACUCUUCCCUUGAUAAUGUAUUAAAAUAGUUAGGAGAAAAUUGAUGUUGAUCACUUGAGAGUCUAUGGGUUAAACUGACUGCACACAUUUGAUUUAUAAUAAUCAGAUUAUCUUGACAUUUUUAGGCUGCAGAAAGCUGGAGAGACAGAAGGUGCAGCCAAGUGCCUACAAUCGGCUGAAGAAAAACUACAGUAUCUUUUUAGGUAAAGUUAAUUACUUAAUUAAAAUUGUCUUUAUGGCAGUAACACAAUAACUGGUCACCCAGGAGUUUUUAUCGUGGUCCACAAUAUAACAAGAAAAGAAGCAAAUAGUUAUUGAAAUAAAUAUAAAAAGGUAAAGAAUCCCAACUGGCUGGAGGAAACCAGUUGGGUAUUGAGAAAUAACUGUAUAACAAGAUAAUAUAUAGCAAUGAAGAUUAACAGGUUUUUUUACCUUUUUUUUUUUUUGCCUUUAGAUUUUUAGACCAUGAAGAUGAUGAUGUUUCACAAAAUGUUUGUGGAUUUGGGUAUUCUUACUUAGCUGUCUUGAAACAGGUACAGUAAUCAGUGGGUAAUAUUUAUUGCCUCGCAACCCUUAUCUGUAAAUGCUGAGAUUGAAAAUCAAACAUAUGGGAAAAAGGCUGUUGCCUAACGGGUGCUUCACAGCGGUCAAACGAGUGAAAUUUGCAAAAGUUAAGCGAAAUACUUCAAAGUUAAGGUUGCUACUUUCACUAUCGAAAGUUUAAGGUAUUACCAACAUCCUGUUAGUUUACUAAACUUUUUAAAAGUUUACUAAAAAAGUUCUAAGUGAUUGAAAACCGACGCUGACGUUAUUAUCGGCGCCAUUUUCAAACAUGAUACUCUUUUAGCGCGAAGCGUUUUCAGCGAAAAAAGCUCAAAAUUUUGAGAAAAAUGGAAAGAUAGUUAUGUUGACUAACUGAUUUAUACAUCUUUGCCCAUUUUUCUCUAACUAGUAAAUGAAAUCCCUGCAAUAAAAAACAAAAAUAACGAUUGAGACGUUUGACCGCGGUGGUAACGGGUGCCUGGUGGCCAGAGGUGCCUACGAUUUACCCUCAGGUGACCAAAAUUUCAAACAGGAAGCCUGAACGGGCGCCUAAAACUUGAUUCUCAGGCUAACUUCUAGUGAACAAACAACAAAAUUCCCUGCUCAUUGUGCUACCCUUGUAGAACCAGACAUAUGCAAAACCUAUGCUCAUGCUAUUUGUUUACUAUGUUGGACUAUGUUUCAGCUAUGUUAUGUUCACUACUGCCUAUGUAUUAACUAUGUAACACACCAAACAACAUAGUCCAAAGUAUGCAAAAUCUAUGUUGAAACUAUGUUUAGGCUAUUUGAAAAGCACAUAGCUUUUGAAUACCUAUGCAAAUACUAUUCAAAAUCUCUUCAUAGUCUUGACAUAGCUAUGUAUUUACUAUGCAAUAGAAAGUUCUGCUUUUCCUUCCGAUUAGCAUCCUAUGUAUUCACUAUGCCUCAAAGUAAAAUAGCUUUUACAUAGCAUCUCGAUCUUCACUUUUAUUUCCAACAAGUUUCUUAGCUUUUACAUAGUGCUAUGUAUAUUCUAUGCUACGUGAUGAAACAUAUUUGCAGCCUAUGUAUUCACUAUGUGACAUUUUCAUUUAGCUUUAUCAUGAGAUAAAGGCUACAUAGCUUUUACGUAAACAUAUUUUUUCCUAUGUCACUCAUAUGAAAAAUAUAUGUAGUCUAUGCGUUUCCUAUGUGAUAUUCCAACAUAGCUUUUAAAUGACUCGGCAUGUUGAUGGUAGCGCUUACAGAAGGCUAAGCAUACUUCCAAAGUAAAAAGCAGUGUUUUAAACUAAAACACUGAAAAAUCAUGUACUAUAAUUUUUUUUGUGCUUGCAGAUAGUUUCUUAGUGAGAAGAUUUUUGUUAAGCAUUGAAUCGCUACAUCCAUCAUCCCUGUCUUAACUUUCCUUUCUAGCUUUUCCCUAGAGUUUCUUCACUUGAAAUGAUACUUCCAUGCAUCAUUUUCUUCUUUUACAUUGGGUUCGAUCUUUCGUCUUGAUUGUGGACGUCUCCUGAAUAUAACUGCAUGGUCAAAACUGCGAAACGCUAGCUGCAGUCCUCGGAAAAGUCCUCGGUGGGUGUUUGUCAGCCAUUUUGUUUCCACUAGUUCCCAGGGAAGCCCGUGAGUUCAACACAUGCGUAUGUUGCGUUUUAUCGUCACGUGGGCCUUUUCAACCAAUGAAAAGGUGUGAAAAUUGUCUGUUUCCACGCGGGCGCUUUCAAGUCAAAGAAGACGAGCUGUAAGCGUGCGUUUUUACAAGAAGACGCUUCUUUUUACUUCAAUUUCCAGUCUUUUUCCUGCCAGGUUCAACAAAAAGUAUUCCUAACGUUGGUAAGUGAUGUCUUUCUCAAUUAAGUUUCGAUUUGCCUGUAUUGUCUCCCCUUUUCGCGUAUCUGAACAAGCAUCGGUCACCUUCGAUCACGCUUUGAUACGGCUUACGGUAUUCCGCGAAACGAAACGAAACGAAACGAAACGAAAUGAAACGAAACGAAGCGAAACGAAACGAAAUGAAAAUUAAGAAGAUAUUACACAAGCAAAAGGGAACGAUGGCACUAAGAAUUAUUCCCGGCCUCUCUUCGAAAACUGUCCUCGCUAGAUGGCGGCAAAUUAUCUUGUUAGAUAAAGUGAAUACUGCCUUAUAGAUGCGACAAGAAAUUUGCCCUCUCGCUCGCUAGAUCCCUUGUUUCGCAAAAUACCAAUGGCGGCCGAUUGGUAAUCGACGAAACAAGGCUCGCAAACUAUUUUUAUAAGCGUUCUGCCUUCGAAAAUUAUCUUGUUAGAUAAAGUAAAUACUGCCUUAUAGAUGCGACAAGAAAUUUGCCCUCUCUUCGAAAACUGUUCCUGCUAGAUCCCUUGUUUCGCAAAAUACCAAUGGCGGCCGAUUGGUAAUCGACGAAACAAGGCUCGCAAACUAUUUUUAUAAGCGUUCUGCCUUCGAAAAUUAUCUUGUUAGAUAAAGUAAAUACUGCCUUAUAGAUGCGACAAGAAAUUUGCCCUCUCUUCGAAAACUGUUCUCGCUAGAUCCCUUGUUUCGCAAAAUACCAAUGGCGGCCGAUUGGUAAUCGACGAAACAAGGCUCGCAAACUAUUUUUAUAAGCGCUCUGCCUUCGAAAAUUAUCUUGUUAGAUAAAGUAAAUACUGCCUUAAAUUAUAGUUUUGGAGGAGAAAAUCAAAAAUCUAAAAUCAUACGAUUUUUUUAAACACUUAUCACUUUACUUUACCAAAUUCUUAGCUUUACUUGAAAAAUACUGAAAAAAAAAAAUAUCAUAGGAGUUGAUUUUAUAGGAAAUGUAUGGUCCCGGGGGGGGUCUUCAAAUUGUUAUAACUCGAGAAAUAUUUGUCAUAGCGAGUUACGGUUUUCGGUAUAUUAGUCCUCUAGUCAAGCUCUUUUAAAUGAUAUCUUUGGUGGUAUGAAAUUAGAAACUUUGUACCACGUGUUUUGUGGCGUCAUAAAUUAUGACGUCAGAAUUUGACAUUUUGACAUUUUUUUACCUUAUAAAUGAUUUGGACAACAACCCAAGCGAAUGUGCGAAGUUUGGUGAGGAAAUGUGCAAAAAAGCAAAAUUAGCCUUAAUGAUACAUUUUAGGGGUGGUUUGGCCCCGCCGUGGAUAAUGAUGAUGUCUACAUCUAUUCGUUUCUGUUUUGUUGCUUUCUCGCUCACCCUGUAAACACAAGAUAGAUUGAACGAAAGGUGGUUAAGGUUUUGAUUUCUACGAGCGACUAAUUGUGUAAAUCAUCAGCACAAAGGAAAGUGAAUUGUUCCCAGAGAAGAGCGAAACUGCAGCAAACGUCAAUUAGAGAAUUUUUUUGUCCUUCAGGAUGAGAAAAGCUUAUUACCAUUGACAGUAACAUUGUUUAAAUUUAACGGAGAUGUAGUCUUCUUGUAAAGAUCACAAUUUACUAUCUAUUUCGCGAUCAAUGUGUUAAUGUUGCUGAUUUUCUUGGUGUUUAUAUUAAUCAACAAAGUUCCCUAAUUGUCGCGACAAAAUAGGACAUGAUCAACCAACAUCAUGCAAUUAAAAGUGAUUGUUUUGUUGUUUAAUAGUGUUCGUAAGGCAGUAUUUGCUUUAUCUAACAAGACAGUUUUCGAGAACAAAUAAUUUGCGAGCCUUGUUUCGUCGACACCAAUCGGCCGCCAUUGGUAUUUUGCGAAACAAGGGAUCUAGCGAGAACAGUUUUCAAGAGAGGGCAAAUUUCUUGUCGCAUCUAUAAGGCAGUAUUUACUUUAUCUAACAAGAGCCUUGUUUCGUCGAUAACCAAUCCGCCGCCAUCUAGCGAGGACAGUUUUCGAAGAGAGGCCGGGAAUAAUUCUUAGUGCCAUCGUUCCCUUUUGCUUGUGUAAUAUCUUCUUAAUCAUUUCGUUUCGUUUCGUUUCGUUUCGUUUCAUUUCGUUUCAUUUCGUUUCGUUUCGUUUCGUUUCGUUUCGUUUCGUUUCGCGGAAUACCGUAAGCCCUUUGAUACUCCUUCGUUUCAAUUCUAAAACGUCAGGUUGUUUUUAUGUUCAUUUGCCUUAAAAUCUCCACUUUUCUGUUUGCAGAUACUUAUUCGUUGCAGUCAAAAGGAAACUGUAUGGCACUGAAGGGCACGACAUCAGCAAAAAGUCUACACGAUAAGCAAAUUAAGCAAACUUUAACUUGGGGUUUCGAUUCUGAAACCUCCAUGAAAAUACUGCAUUUGUGUUACUAUUAGUCUUCGUGAUAUUAUAUUGUCAUAGUUUUCAAUUUUUCGUUUCAAAACCUAUUUCUUACCAAUGUAAAAGGUAUUCUAAUUCAUAUGUUUAUACUAUUUUUACUAUUUUGGUGAUUUUUACGAACGUAUUUUAAACACUACAUUUGCUUAAACAGAUCGAAACCUACAUACAUAAGAGACUAUGUCAAUUCUAUGUAAUUUCUGUUUGAACUCUAGUUAAAGCCUGUGUAUGUGAUAUGUUUUACCUAUUCAAAUACUAUUAAAAUCCUAUUUCAAACCUAUGCAAAGACUAUUUGUUCUGUGUUUUCCCUAUUUUAAUGCUAUGCAAAGUAUAUGUCACCUUUAAAAAGGCUAUGUUUUUCAUAUGUUUUUACUAUUUCUAGGCUAUCUAAAUUCUAAGCAAACCCUAUUCAAAAGCUAUUUAAUCAACUGUUCCCUGUUACAUUUUACUAUGUAAACUCUAUUUCAGUCCUAUGUGAAGGCUAUUUAUUUUCUAUGAUUUUUCUAUGAGGUUGACUAUGACGUCUAAAAUCUCUUUCCACAAGCUAAGUAAACUGUAUGUAUAGGCUAUGUGGAAACUAUGUCAUUUCUUCCUUUAUUCCUACCUUUAAAAACUGCAUAGCUUUUAAGUAGGUUCCGUUUGACUAGCGAAAACAUAGCAUUUUCGAUACAAAAAACAUAGUCCUGGCAUAGAAACAACAUAGGAUCUGGUUAAAGCAAUGUAUGACUGAUUAACAUAGGUUUUACAUAGCUUUGUGACAUAGCAUUUGCAUAGAUUCUACAUAGUGUCUGAUUCUACAAGGGCUAUUUUCGAGUGGUGGAAAAUGCUGGUUUCUCAAAACUCAAAACUCAGUUUUCCUGUUUCAAAACUCGCCUUGUUUGAGUCUUGAUUGUUUUUCCGGUUUUGUCUUGUCAUGCAUUGCUCCUUAGCAUUGUGUGAUGGUCAAAAUCAGCUGUGAGGAAGACUUAGAUUUUGAGCCUUUGAAAGGGUUAGAUAGCUCCCUCUACUCUAAACACUGUCACUGAUCAUUGAAUAUUUGUUAACUAUUUGUUCCACGCAGAUUACAAAUCCAAGUGAACAGCAAAAGGCAAACUUAAGGGUAAGUAGUGGCUGUAGACACAUCUGCCUCACAAAUAAUUCUUUAGACCCCAAAAUUUUACUAAGUAAAUUUUGUCAUAAAUACACUUAUUUUUGUCUUGCAAGGUAAGCAAUAAUGUUGUUUUUAUCUCUGUUAUCCUCAUUUCUGUAGGGAAUGCUGCAUGUUGUUAUCAAGAAGAUGAAAUAUGAUGAGUCGUACAAUUUUGAACGGGAGGUAAUAAUAUAUAAUUUCCUAGUUAUUUCCACAUCCUGGCAGUAUUUCUAUACCUAGUCAAGAUGGAUGGAUAAUUAUACCGGUAUGUAAAAUCCUUGUAUACUACAUGUAUUAAGCUGUUCACUUUUGUGAUCUUUCCGUUUUUUGAUCUUUUCAGGGUGAAGACGAAGUCAUGUUCAUGGAAUACAGAAAAGAAAUGAAAAUUCUUUUUGACAACAUUGCUCAACUCGUAAUGAUUAGAUUUGUGUCUCUCCAUUUGACUUUUAAUCCCUAAAGCAUUUAAUAAAAGAAAUGAUUAUAUGUAAUCUCUUUGUUCUUAUUCUUGUAGGAUCCUGACCUGGUGUUAGUCUCAGUUCAUAACAGUUUGAAUUCAACAUUUGGGUGAGUGCAGGCCUGAGUCUUAGAUGAUCUGAGUCCUGCUUCCUCAAACUCAUUCUUUGGCAUGUCAGUUAAUUAACACUUUGCAAUGACAUUAAACUCAAUAGCCACAUACUGUAGUAAUAUUGUUGUACAACAUUGAAAUUUGAGCUAAUUGCACACCCCCAAUUUGUUUAUUUGGGGGGCUGAUUAGCAGAGUAUAAAACAGGAGAAGAUAUUGUGUUACAAGUAAUAUUGCACUUUAAUGUCUACAAACUUGGUGUAAAGCUUUUUAUCAUCUUACUUUAAAUCUUAAAAUAACCACAGCUUAGGAUUUUCUCAGUAUACUCAAACAACUAGAAUUUUGUUGAGAAUUAGGCAGUUUUAAUUCUUUUACUCUCUAAAAAAAAAUGAUGUUGAGAUAAAUGUUGCAGGAAGCUAAUUCCUCCCAUUUUUUGCCAGAAACAUAUAAAUUUAUUCUUAACUUGGUCUGUGCAGGAAAUUAGAUGAAGCAAAACUCAUGGAUGUUGAGAUAGCAGUGCGAGCUCUUUACAUGCUGGGUGAAGCAAUAUGUCGGCAAGGUUUUUUUAAAGUAAAUAGUGUAUUCAUUAGGCAUUGGAGAUUAGACAAAUUCGGUAUAGUAAGGUUCAAUAGCCUUUGACUAUUAAUUUUAAUUUAUUCAUGGAGCCUUUUUCAAGAUAUUCUCCUGUAAUGUCACACCUUUCUCCUUCUUACAGAACUGUUUAUAAAAUAUGAAAACCCCAUUUUUAGCUUAAAACUUCAAGGUGAGCUUAGCACCAGCAUUAACAUUUAGGUGUAUUCUUCCCUGGCCUGGAUGGAAGACAAGCCAAUUGCUUUUUUGUGGGCACAUACAGACCUGCAAACUCUCGAUCUCAUGAUUCUGCUGUGAGUCGCACAAUUUUUUAACUUUUCUCACGGCCUCACAACAAGGUCUCUUAAUCUCACAGUUUUUUGAGAAAUAUCAUUCUGAUAUGAAAUGUUACCUUGUUGAAUAAAAAAGGAAAUUUUGUGUGGAAUGCUAGUGCCUGUUGGAGCCUUGAUGGGGCUUUGUAACAUAAUUUAGCCAUGAAGGUGGCUUACUGGAAAAAAUGACUCUGCCAGAAGUUUUGUCCUAGUGAUGACCUAUUCUCUGGCCUCUUAAAGUCGAUCAAAGAAAAAGUGACAUCAAAUUUGCUACAGUGGGGACCCAACUAACACUGGGUUAUACAUAAAUUAACCGUUAACUCUUCCAAUGGAAGAAGGGUUUGUUUAAUCCUAACCGGGAAAAAAUAGAUUUUUUUCAUGAGUCUCCAGAUUUUCCUUUAUCAGGGGCCUGACGGGUCUGCACAUAACUGCCUAAUAUGGGGAUGGACAUGAGUGAGACUGUUAUGGGUCCCAAUUGCUAGGUGUUUUCCCUAGCUAUAUACUCAUUCCCACAACUCAUUGGACAUGAGUGAGACUAUUAUGGGUCCCAAUCGCUAGGUGUUUUCUCUAGCUACCGGUAUAUACUCAUUCCCACAACUCAUUGGACAUGAGUGAGACUAUUAUGGGUCCCAAUUGCUAGGUGUUUUCUCUAGCUAUAUACUCAUUUCCACAACUCAAUGGACAUGAGUGAGACUGUUAUGGGUCCCAAUUGCUAGGUGUUUUCCCUAGCUAUAUACUCAUUCCCACAACUCAAUGGACAUGAGUGAGACUGUUAUGGGUCCCAAUUGCUAGGUGUUUUCUCUAGCUAUAUACUCAUUCCCACAACUCAAUGGACAUGAGUGAGACUGUUAUGGGUCCCAAUUGCUAGGUGUUUUCCCUAGCUAUAUACUCAUUCCCACAACUCAAUGGACAUGAGUGAGACUGUUAUGGGUCCCAAUUGCUAGGUGUUUUCUCUAGCUAUAUACUCAUUCCCACAACUCAAUGGACAUGAGUGAGACUGUUAUGGGUCCCAAUUGCUAGGUGUUUUCUCUAGCUAUAUACUCAUUCCCACAACUCAUUGGACAUGAGUGAGACUAUUAUGGGUCCCAAUUGCUAGGUGUUUUCCCUAGCUAUAUACUCAUUCCCACAACUCAUUGGACAUGAGUGAGAUUAUUAUGGGUUCCAAUUGCUAGGUGUUUUCCCUAGCUAUAUACUCAUUCCCACAACUCAUUGGACAUGAGUGAGACUAUUAUGGGUCCCAAUUGCUAGGUGUUUUCCCUAGCUAUAUACUCAUUCCCACAACUCAUUGGACAUGAGUGAGACUAUUAUGGGUCCCAAUUGCUAGGUGUUUUCCCUAGCUAUAUACUCAUUCCCACAACUCAUUGAAGAUUAGGGAGCUUAAGCAACAACAAUGGCAACGGCUGCAAAAACGUCACUUAAAAAGUGAAGUUGCACUGCCUCAAACUUGAUCGCACUUAUUCCAUCUCGUUUAAGUCAUCAAUUGAAUUCUAAAGGACUGUAUCAAAGUUCAGGAAAAGAAAAAGAAAGUUGUUGUCUUGUGUUCCCUCAACGACGAUACAUGAAUUUGUGCACUUUCAGAUUUUAGUUGUGCAUGCAACGACAGCAGAGAAAUGUACAAAAAAGCAUGAUGCAUAUGCAAAGUUGUUGUUUUGCUAAUCUAAACCUAUUGCUUUUUUGCUGUUCUCAUUGCUGUCACUGUAAUCAUUCCUUCAGCUCCCUUAAUUCACACCAAUUCACUAGAGUGUCUGUGAUAACCUUUUUCAAAUUUUCAAUUAACAGACCCAACAAUUGUAUUCAGAUGCCUCCAAGUUUGCUGAUCUUCAACAAAUGAUGAGGUUGGUGAGCUUUAAUUUGUUGCGAAUUUUUUAUUGACAGUUUCUGUUUUAACUUUCACAUACUUCGACGGUGUAUUUGUUACAGAUCAAAUUAUAUUCAGGUUAGAAUUUUUUAAUCUACUGUAGGCUGAUUUUCUAUUUCCCUUGUCUCUUAACCCCAGUUCAUGACUGAGUAAUAAGGGCUAUGAGAUUAAAGUAACAGAGAAUCAACAUAGGUUUAAAAAUUUUAACCUGAAAUUUAAUUUUGACCUGUAACUCCUUUGUUUGUAUCAUUUUCUUAUAUGAGCUAAAACUUCAUAUUUACCAGCAGAUCUAGAGGAGGGGGCACCCUUUUCUCGCCCAAAUCAGUCCCCCCCCCCCCUCCCCUAUUACCUUGAGGUUUGGAUCCAACACUGCGUUUUUAAAGUUAAAUGAAUGCCCCAAAAAUGCAUUAUUUGUGUUCUAUUUCAACAGCUUGUUACAAGUGCUGUUUCCUAUUACAGACAUUCUGCUGUUGCUCAGAUGGUAAUUUUAAUUUCAGCAACUAUUUUUUUGGAACAUCUCACUAAGCUAUUUAUUUAUUGUGUUGCAGAUUCUGAUGGUUUGUUUUUUUUUUGUGCUCUUUCAGUUCUUUGAAACUGUUGUCAGAUAUGAUAGAUUCUUUUUAAGUCAGUCCCAGCAUAUUCCCACAGUGCUGGUAAGAUUUUUUCUCUUGUUACAAAAAUUAUGAUAUUAUUAUUGUUGCAAGUUAUGUAGAGGUAGGAUUAAAAUGUAUGAAGUAAGCUAUCUUUAUAAAAACUGUUAAUAAUAAGGAGGUUUCCAUACUUGGUGAAGUUUGACUGUAACAAUAAACAUUACUUAAUUAUUUUGUCUAUAUUUUUCAGAUUGCUUUUCUUGACGAAAGAGGACUGAGAAAUCCAAACUGUACUGUUAGAAGUAGAUGCUGUUACUUGUUUUCAAGAUUUAUCAAAUCGCACAGGUAUGUUUGUGGUCAUUAUGUUCUUCAUUGUUGGUGUCUCUGUGGUCAUUACUUAUGUUCUUCAAUGUUGUUGACAAAGUAAUUGCGGCUAUUUUCUUUUUGUGGUAACCGACUUUACGUCAACCCCCUCACCCUCAACCUUCCCAGCAAAAAAUGUUUAAAAAAGCUCGAUACCGUGUUAACGGUAAGAGCUAUUUUUGGUGGCCUUCGCAAAAUAGAUUUACCAGAGGAUUUUGAAUUUAUUUAUCAACUGGUUUUUUUUUUUUUUCAAUAGGUUCUCCUUACAGAUACAAUAUGCACUAACAAGUACAACAUGAACAAUGCUCUCUUCAAAGAAGUUCAGAUCAGGUUAGAAGCUACAUUGUUUUUUAUUGGGCAGGGCGUAGCUAUCUUAAUAUACUGUAAGCGCUUUAUUGUAACAACACUUGUUACAUCUCAUCUCAAACAGCAAACGUCCGAUUCAAGUUGAGAAUUUCUUAAAAUAGAAAAUGAGCAGAUAAAAACAGCUUUAAACAAUUCUUAUGGAUAAAAAAUUGCAUGAAAUUACUAAUUUAGGUGAAGAAAUAAUGAACAGUAAACGACACGUAAAGGGAAAACUUGGUCACGUGGUACAAAUUCGCCCUUGCGAUCUCAUCACUUUGCGCAGACUUACAUGCGUAAACUUUCUUACUGGGUUGCAGUCUUCAUAGUGGUGGGCUCGUUUCUGUCCCUGCCGACACGAAAAGCUAUCCGGUAUAGUAUGAAAACCAAUCCGAUAUGUGAACUUCCACUUUCAAGAUCAGCGCGGUGCACCUUCGCUCCCUUAACCCUUUCACUGCCAAAUUUAGCCAAAGGCAAAUUUCGACCAAAUUUUCAAAUUUCAUUUUGUGAAAUUUUGAAAAACAAAUGGCACCAUGUGUAAGUACAGGCAGAGAGCUUUUAUUUGAAUGGUCACAUCAUGGGAUUUGAUCCGCAGAAUCAAAAGUUAGGAUCACCUUAAAAGACUCCAUCAAGCACUCUGACAGUGAUAGGGUUAAGGUAAAUUUCAACUGCCGUGUAAUUUUUCCGUGCGUACGUACGUAAAUUUUACGCGCGUGAAUAAAAUAGAGACAUAGUAUGGAAGGACACAGGUAAAAGUUAAAGUUAAACCUCGCUAACGUUUACGUUUCCGAGUGGCCUUUCAUAAAUUGCCUCUAUUUCAUUUACGCACGUAAAUUUUACGUGCGUUCGCACGGAAAAAUUACUCGACAGUGGAAAUCAACCCUUACAGAGAUGGCGCCGAAAUCACCGUUCUCAGACGUGACCAGAAGCCCCAUCCGGUAGGAUUUUCGUGACGGCGCAACAGAUAUUAGUCUGCUACACAGCCGUUUUUACUGUCGUCACGCAACGCUUCUCCCGUGACAACACUAAACACAGCUGUGGCUGUAUAGCAGACUAGGCCGCUUUCCAUUUGUCAGAACUGGCCGGCCGGACUUUUGCCGGACCAGUCAGCUAGCAAAUGAAAUCGGCUUUUUCCAGUGGCUUUUUGCUGAAAAACCAUCUCCUUCAUUAUACUGUUUAGAAUUUGACUGAUCUAGCUGGAUAGUUUUAAUUAAGAGUGAAAUUCUAAUUACGACAGAAAUGAUCUUGCUUGUCAGUUCUGACAAAUGGAAAGCGCCCUUAGUCUCCCACAUUGGUGAGGGGCGUUGCGUGACGAGACAAAACGGCUACGUUGACUAGAUCAACGCAACACUUAGUGUCCUACAAUAAUUUAAUACCUCGCAACUCAAGCGCGUUUUCCCUCUGGAAAGGAAUGUGUCACGUCCUGCUUGCCAUGUACAAACCUUCCUACCUUCUAAACAAACCGAAACUCGCAUUUGACCAGGUCGCGUGUUUUGUUUUAAACCUACGAAAAUCUAUGUACCGGUCGCGCGAAACAAAGAAUUUUUCCACACUCAUGAUUAAAACCAAUUAAUAAUUUGUUUUAUUUUUGACAUGUCAGGAAUGACAAAGAGGUCGUAAGCCCCGUCUAGGAACAGAUUUAAUUCUGACUCUGCGGAAUGUAAAAGACACUCCACGGACGUAGCAAAUUUCUGACAUUGACCUCCCCACCCCCUCCCCGUGAUCUUGGGUGGGCAAUCCGUAGGAAAAGAUCUUAAUUCAGGGAUAAACCCUCGGAUUCUCCUUCAGGGUGAUGAAGCAGCUACCUACAAACAUACAUGGGAUAUGAGUUUUUUAGGUUUACCUCGGUGUAUGUAGCCUGCGAAUGCAGUUGUAUUUCUGGUCGUCCCUUUUCUCCACCCGGAAGUAAGAAAAGCGACGACCGGAAAUACGUUUGCGUUGGCAGGCUACGGUGUAAGAACCUAGGAACUUUUUCUUUGCCUCGCACCUUUUUUUGUGUUUGUUUUUUUUUUUGGUUCUACUGUUCUGACUUCUUUGUUUUACGUUACUCGUGAGGUUCUUACACCGAGGGUGAGCCAGUUUUUUUUUUUAGGAGUUUUGGUUUGUUUCAUCUUCAGGUUCAAAAAGGAAUGGAGACGAUCAUUUAAAGAAAAUUGCCACAGAUGUUUUCCAUAACGGAGGCUGCGUAGCGCCGCACACACUGAACGUCUAAAAAUAAUUUAUUUUCAUGUUUUAAAUUAUUGCACAUGAAACUGUAUAAUUAUAAUUAUUUAUAAUGUAAUGUCUGUUUGUACAGGAUGUAUUUUAAUGUGUAUCGACAGGGACCCAUGGGCUUCUGAGAUAGUAUAUUCUGUUGACAGCUUUUCCUUUGUAUUUCUGUUCGUGAAUAAUGUGAUACAAGGAAACUUUAACGUUUGUACCAUUGUUCCGAGUCUAAAUCUAACUUCUUUUCCUAGUAAGUGAAAAGAAGGCAGAAGGCUGUAAGAGUAACCACGUAUUGAAUAAAAUGCGUCAGGCAUUUACAGUUUUUAACAAGUGAUGUGCAAAUAAUUGUUUUUCUUCAGCCAGGGUCAUGCGAAGUAGAUGCGUUGAAUGUGAGCUCGACUCUGUAGUGAAGCCUGGGCGUUUUUAGUUGCUUGAUUUCAUACUACUUUUCUGGUCCCAGGAUUAUUGAUUUCCUUUUUAUUGGGCUGUCUGUGGCAAACCCACAGGGCCACGCUCAACCAAGGAAUGAGAAGCAACAUUCUUCCAUGGUCUUCCAUCUUAAGUCGAAAAAAGACAAAAUGGCAGGCUGAUCUCCCAGUAGGUAUUGCGUGUCCCUUUCCCCCUACAGUAGAUCCGAUUUUUAAGGGAAGGGGAUGGGCCAUUUCAUAUAAAAGGCUUUCAAAGUGCUAUGCUUACGCCAAAAAGGAAGGAAAAAAAAUAACAUCGUGGUAAACCGAUCGAAACUUUUUGCCUAAAGUCGCCCUUCCACUAGACAAAUUUAACUUGUUAAUGGAUUAGAAAACAACGCAGUAAAAGCUAGUAGUACGGUAUUCGUUUUAACUCGACUAUUCAAAUAGAUCUUUAAAAAAGAUCGCGCUCUUGUCACUGAUAACAAACAAACACAGUAAAUUUAACCGCACAGGAUUUUCGCAGCCCAAUACACGCGUAAUAUACGCGUCUUGUCUCAGUAAAAUCACUAGAUUUGUCAUAAGGCUCUGACUAACCUGGGUUCUAGAGGUUGUUCCUCGCGUGCGGCGGGCGUGAUGCUUCAAUGUCGGCCGUUGGCCGAAAGAUCAUCGGCCGACCGAAGGCCGAAGGCACGAGCAGCAAUACCUUGCGGAUCACUUAGAACCGAUAACCGGACAUGAAAAGUCUCUGGCACUCAGGGUAGCCUCUGACUCCAUUUGGAAAUUCGUUUCUCCAAGUAAACCCCUUCCUAUGUUGAAAUUUGUAGCUUCUGUCUUCAUCGCUGCCGCUGCUUAAACGAGAAAAUUAAAAACCUGCAAAGUAUUCGAGAAUCUUCACGCUGGACCGUGGUGCAGCUACUGCCAUUGGUGACCAAAAAUUAAAAACAUCUCAGGGGCACCCAACGAGAGUAUAUUUCAAAACUACUUAAACACAUAGCAUUGUUAAACGUAUUUUAGUAUUUAAACGGUAGAUAUAGGGAUAAAAUCCUGGAAAAUUUUUCCAUCUGUUCGGAUUUCGUAACUGACAGUCUAGUGAUCCGAAAAUUGUAGGGAUCAAAACUUACUUUUUUGAAAAUUUCAGCCAGAAAAAAGGUUUCCGAAAAUUCUAGGUGACCUUUUUAGGGUAAAAAACCCGUUAAAAAUGGGCAAUUAUACCAUUUUUUAGAUGUUCGAAAAUCGUAGGAGAGGCAGGCAAGCAAGGAAUUUUACAACAAAUGUUCCGAACAAAUUCCAGGUCUCAAAUCGUCUUUCAAACAGACAUUUUCCGAAAAUUGACGUUGGGUACCCCUGAACAUCUUGGCCCUCUCUAGGUAUACGUUGUUUGGAGGUGGCCGUUAUUGCCAAAUCAAAGAUGACUUGAGAUCACCAGGCGAACAAAACUACAUCCGAGAGGGGAGGGGUGGCCUCAAAGUCUUCCUUUCCUUGCUCUUAGGCACUGUAGCCACCCCUACGCCAGAUUCUUGCUCCCUUUAACACUGAACGAAAAACAAAAUAUGGUCUAUUUGGACGACGGCGUCGUUUGAUCCCAGGAAUUGCGGGACCCGCUGGACCAACCGAACAUUACUUUCUCAAAGCAUGUGACGCCACGUAGAAAGGUUAAAACCCUUUCGCACCGUUGAAAUACUUCCUUUUCUUCAGUUUUUUAAGAUUUAAAUGUCGAUUGUGGUCAAACAGAAGUAUUAACUUGCUCCCCCAUCCCCACCCCCCCAACCUGGGGAAGAAACCCAGGGUAUUUGACUUGCUGAUGUACGCGGGAAGCCGGGAAUUUGACAACAGUGACUGCUAUUGGGGUGUAGAACUUGAUGGCAUCUGGGAUUCGAAGAGGAUUGAAACAAAUGGUCGCAAUCAUGUUAAACUAUUUUUGGUGCUAUUAAAGUGUAAUACCUUGAUAAAAAAUAAUUAUGGCGGGUAUGGAAUAUUGGGAAACUUGAGUUUGUUUCUGUUUCUCCUAUUUUCCUUGUUGCUGUUGCCAAGCAAGUCCCAGGGGUAGGGUAUAUGACAGGAAAUCUGCAACAAAAAAGUCCAUUUUAUAGUCAACUCUCGCCUUGGGGACACCCCGCUAUAACGGACACUCCGGUAAUACGGACAACAGCUAAAUCCCAGGGAAAAAUAAAUUAUAAUAUACAAACGUUUGACUGAAAUAAACUCUCGCUAUUACGGACUCUAGCUAGGACACUAUCUCAAGGCCCCUACAGUGUCCGCUAUAAAGGGAGGUGACUGUACUUCCAAAAAACUCCAACACACACUCAUACAGCGUGAGCCACGUCAGAGAGUCAAUCACAAGGCAUAUCAGUAUUCAGCAGUUUUCGGAGAAAAACGAGAAGUAUCAGACCAACUUCCUCUGCGGAAGGUUCCAUCAGUCGUCUACGUAAGCUCGGGGGCGACAUACUGAUUUCGUUUUUAUUUUUAACUUUCCCAUUUUUGUUUUUUAACUUUUUGAUUUUCACUUCGCCAUCUUAAAAAGGUGGAAAAGUGAAAAAUAUAAAAAAAAACACUAUGUGGCCCCUCUGGGCUUCAGUAGUCUACAUCACCUGUUUAAAGAUCUUUUUUACAGCUUUUUGUUGUUUUGUUCAGAGAUACUGUUGAUAACUGUAUAUUAGACUUCACGUCUCGUAUGCUGUAUAAAUUUUCAUGGUUGCCUGCAUUUUGGGAGCUAUUUCUGGGAGCACUUACGCCACUUUUGUUGACGUUACUCGUAGCUUGAUCAAAGUGAAACCAUACUUAGUAAAGACGACUGGUUAGGAAUUAAACCCGGCAAACAUCAAAGUUGAAAUUAAUAGUGCUGUAGGUUAUGUUGGAAGUUCCCUGACCGUGCACAAUCCUUUAGUUUUUGUUCACAGAUUGUGACUGAAUAAAUUAAUGCAAUGUUUAUAUUGGUCAAAAACUUCAGAGUGAUAGGAAUGUUCUUGAACGUUGUGCAUGGUCAGGUUUAAAGUAGCUAACAAAAACCUAUAACAAAAGGUUCCCAGCCAUUCCACUUGAAUUAACUAUGAUGAAACUGAAAGCUUAAUGAAGGGAAAAAUCCCUCAUACAAGAUUCAUCUUUCACUUGGUAACAGUUUUGUUUGAUGCUCAGGUUAGUUUUGUGCAGGUCUCGUUAUUUCAUUUGUGAAGGAAAAUUUAAUUGACUUUUAUACAUAAACUUGUCUUACAAAGUAUCUUACAAAGUAUCGUUUCCUCGUAGAUCCUUUCGUCGUCACGAAUCAAGGACCCACUGCUGUAGUCUUGCGAACUAUCAAGAUUCGGGAAUUUACAGCUGAGGUAUGCGUUUAAUACGUUAGCUUCAGUUACACCUCGAUUAAUUAAGAAAUGUCUUUUGCUUUAAUCGCUGGGAUUUUUUAUGACGAGCUUUAGAUCAGUCGAAUUCGGCAGGAUCGUUUAUAUUUCGAGAUGACAAGACACAAUUUUCAUCAGCUAUCGUACUCUGAUCGAAGAAAAAUCAAAACGCUAUGGGAGCGUACACUUCGGCGUCGUGGUUGUGGAUUAAUUGUGAAUGCGGAGGAAUAGUAAGAAAUGAUAUUUUUCCGGAUACUCUUCCGUACAGAUACCCUUACUUCGACUUACUUUUCUUCUUUUCUGUAACAGACGAAAUCUUAACUUUUUCACCGGAAGUCUGCUACAGUCUCAGUCAAAAUUGUUGGGACACUUUGCCAUUUGCAAAAAGGAGUGCAUUAGAUACUUAAGAAUCUCAUACCUCUGUGAUUGCUGUAAUCUUUUAGUUCUACUCGUCUUAGUCAUCCGUGUGUGAUCAUUUUAGUCGGUUAACCGCUAAACAGUUUCCUUCGAUCGUCUCCUUCGCUUUUUUAUGGUCUAAAAGUUUCGUCGUCGGUUAUUUAAUAUUUCUUAUUACAAACGAUUUGUUUAGAAGAAUUCCGUAUGCUUUGAGUAGUAGUUUUAAUCGUUACCUAACAACAAACAAGGAAUUGCACAUACGGACAAUGGAAAUCCAGCGUUGUCAAAGAAUGAGAUUCUUAAAAUCUAGGUUCUACAAUGAAAUUUGUAUCUUCUGUCUUUGUCACUGUCGCUGCUUAAACCGGAAAAUUAAAAACCUGCAAAGUAUUUGAGAAUCUUUAUGCUUCAACUUUCGUUGGAAAUUUGUGACGAAAACAUUUAGACAUCUUGCCUUAGCAAACGGAGUGUCUUGUACUUUUUGGUUCUUUGCUGCAAAGCCUUUGCUGGAGAAAAUUAUAACAGUCGAACUUCCAUGUGCGAUCAUCUCACAUAAGCGACAGUCUAUCCAAAACUCGUAGUACCACCUUUUAAGAAGAUAGCUGAAUAUUUUUCGUUGUUUAAAACCGAUCCCGUAAGCAAUAAUUUGAUAAUUAUAGGGUCGAAGCCCCCGCUCUAGGUAUCCGUUGUAGGGACGUGGAUGCUAUUGCCAAAUCAAAGAUGACUUGGGAUCCCUAGGCAAGCAAAAGUACAUAAAAGAAAGGAAGGGUGGCCUUAAAGUCUUCCUUUCCUUGCAUGCUCUUAAGCACUGUAGCCACCCCUAAACCAGAUUAUUGCUUCCUUUGACACUGAACGAGAAAAAAAAUUAUGAUCCAUUUGGGCGAUGUUGUCGUUUGAUUACAGGAAAUGUUUACAGCGGGACCCGCUGGACCAACCAUUACUUCUUUAAAGCAUGUUUGGCCACGUAAAAAAGUUAAAACCCCUCCGCGCCGUUAGAAAAUUUUAUUUCUUCAGUUCUUUAAGACUUUAAUGUCGAUUGUGGUCAAACAGAAGUAUUAACUUGCUCCCCCACCCCCAACCUGGGGAAGAAACCCAGGGUAUUUGACUCGCUGAUGUACGCGGAAAGGAGGGAAUUUGACAACGGUGACUGCUAUUGAGGUCUAGAACUUGAUGGCAUAUAGGAUUAGAAGAGGAUUGAAACAAAUUGUCUUAAUCAUGUUAAACUAUGUUUGGUGUCAUUACAGUGUAAUACCUUGAUAAAAUUAUGGCGGGUAUAGAAAAUUGAAAAAUUUGUGUUUGUUUCUGUUUCUCCUAUUUUCCUUGUUGCUGUUACCAAGCAAGUCUCAGGGGUCGGGUAUAUGGCAGCACAUCUGCAACAAAAAAAAUCCAUUCUAGAGUCAACCCUUGCCUUGCGGACACCCCACUAUAACGUACACCCCAGUAAUACGGACAACAGAUAAAUCCCAGGCAAAAAUAAAUUAUAAUAUACAGACGUUUGACUGAAAUAAACUCCCGCUAUUACGGACUCUCGCUAAUGAGGACACUAACUCGAGUUCCUUCCUUCGAGUGUCCACUAUAAAGGGAGGUGACUGUACUUCCAAAAAACUCUCACACACACUCAUACAGUGUGAGCCACGACAGAGGGUCAAUCACAAGGCAUAUCAGUAUCCAGCAGUUUUCUGAGAAAACAGAAAGUAUCAGACCAACUUCCUCUGAGAAAGAUUCCAUCAGUCCACGCAAGCCCCGGGGGGGGGGGCGACAUAGUGGUUUCGUUUUUAGUUUUCACUUUUCCAUUUUUGUUUUAAACUUUUUGAUUUUCACUUCGCCAUCUUGGAAAAAUGGAAAAGUGAAAAAUAAAAAAGACAUCACUAUGUGGCCCCCCUGGGCUUCCGUAGUCUACAUCACCUGUUUAAAGAUCUUUUUUAUAGCUUUUUGUUAUUUUGUUCAGAGAUACUGUUGAUAACUGCAUAUUAGAUUUCACGCCUCGUAUGCUGUAUAAAUUUUCAUGGUUAUCUGCAUUUUGGGAGCUAUUUCUCGAGGCACUUACGUAACUUUUGUUGACGUUACACGUAGCUUGAUCAAAGUGAAACCAUAGUUAGUAGAGGAGACUGAUUAGGAAACCCGGCAAACAUCAAAGUUGAAAUUAAUAGUGCUGUAGGUUAUGUUGGAAGUUCCCUGACCGUGCACAAUCCUUUAGUUUUUGUUCACAGAUUGUGACUGAAUAAAUUAAUGCAAUGUUUCUAUUGGUCAGUAAGUUUAAAAUGAUAGGAAUGUUCUUGAACGUUGUGCAUGGUCAGGUCCAAAAUAGUCUGCUACACAGCCGUUUUUAGUGUCGUCACGCAACGCUCCUCCCAUAGCAAAAGGUUUUCCAACCAUUUCACUUUAAGUAGCUAUUGUGAAACUGAAAGCUAAAUGAAGGGAAAAAUCCCUCAUACAAGAUUCAUCUUUCACUUGGUAAAAGGUUUGAUUGUCGCUCAAGUUAGUUUUGUGCAGGUCGUGUUAUUUUGUGACGAAAAAUUCAAUUGACUUUUAUAUAUAAACUUGUCUUACAAAGUAUCAUUUCCUCGUAGACCCUUUCGUCGUCACGAAUCAAGGACCCUCUUGCGAAUUAUCAAGAUUACUCGGGAAUUACAACUGAGGUAUGCAUUUAAUACGUUAGCAGCUGUUACACCAGAUCCUUUGUUUAAGAAAUGCCUUUGGCUUUAAUCACCGGGAAACUUUCAGAAGAACUUUAGAUCGGUCGACGUCGGUACGAUCGUUUAUAUUUCAAUGCAAGAUGGCACAGCUGGUGGCAAGAGACAAUUUUCGGCGAUCGUACCCUGAUCGGAAAAAAAAGCCGAGAUAAGAUUUCAGCCAGCUCUUUCAUUUAUUGUGCGUACGUGAGACUAUGUACGCACUGACUGAAGUUAAUUAAUAUAGUCUCUUAAAAAGAAACCGAGCAAAGUGAAAAAUAAGCAAAUGUGUUAUAAAAAGCUAUAUCAACUGAAGUGCACAACGUUAAGCGUCUACUUGCCUUGAAAAUACGGCUUUCCAAACAAGAAGUUUUCACAGUUAACAAGCCGCACAAGAGGAAAAGAUUAAUUGCUCAGGGAGAGUGUCGCUAAAUCUAACUGCAACGCGACAUAAAUUGAUAAUGGCAUUGGUAAUUUUUACGGAAUUUAUUACAAGCUGGCAAGAAUUAGGUUAUCUUGCUUGCUGAGCUUUACCGAUUAUAAAGGCAGGUUACCGGUUAUUCGUGGCAGGAUUUGCUCAGUCGGUAGAGCGUUUGACUGCAGAGCGGGAGGUCGCGGGUUCGAUUCCCGGGGCCGGACCAUUACUCAGGGUCUUAAAAUGACUGAGAAAUGAAGGUACUUCCUUUGCACUGCAAGCGGCGAGACCUUCUCCUGGCUCAGAUGACCACGUAAAAUGGCGGUCCCGUCUCCAUUAGGAGACGUAAAAAUAGUGUCCCCAAUUAGCACUUUCGUGCUAAAUACAUUGACACUCAAAUAAAAAGUGCAAGUGCAAAGGUCCUUGAACGCCAUUGAACUCGCAAAGUCUGACAAUAUGCCUACUGAAUGCUAAUGAGUUUUUGAAGUAAGGUUAAUUAAGGUGGCUCGACUGGAUUUUUUUGGGGAGAUACCUCCCACGUUUGAGCAUUAACUACGUCGGCAUGAGUAAAGAUAUGGGAAAAAGGUUACCACAACUGUAUUAUAUAAUGAUAAAAAUUUCUUAUGAUCUGGGUUUUAUUGCAAUCGGAGUCGCCAUGGCAACGUAAUGACGCCAUUACGCUUUUUCUUUAUCUUUGUGUUUCUCUGUACCAGGAGUUUUUUGAAGAAAUCGCUUAAGGGAGUAUGUACCUGCCAUAAUUGCCUCCAUUAUGGCAAAGUUUCAACAAAUUCUAUGAGAGCGUUUUCGAAAUAUUUUGACACGCAGUUUUAACAAUCAUAAAAGCAGUGAAAUAGCAUGCUAUCCAUACAAUUCGCUAAUAUUUUAAGAAACUGAUAAGCUUUGGAAACGCGGCUUCAUCCCAUAGUGGUUUGGUUCCAUUGAAAACUGCAUACAAAAAAAGAAGGGAAUUGCUCUGAGCGAUUGCGAGUAAAAAGAAUUUUAUUGACUUACAUUCAGCUGCUUUUGUUAUAGUAUGUGGACGUAAUUUGGUCCAUGCCUACAAAUUUCGGAUUUUUGAAAAAACCGCUCGAUAAUUUUUUUUAUAAAUUCGACAAUCUAGAGAUCAAUUAUUAAUAAACAUUCCCUGCAAGUUUCAAGAACAUUGAAAACAGGCAAGGUUUUUAAAUAGGGCCUCAAAUAUAACCAAUUUUUUUUGCCAGAUUUUGUGUUUACAAGUGAGCGGCCUCAUUAUUCACUGGCAUUGUUUUCAACUUUCAUAUACACGUGCGCAUUUAGCAAAAAGAUAAAAUUUGCAUCAAAAAGGACCCUCGGUUAUAUCUCCGGAAUAUGCUAAUUACCGGGUAAAGAGAUUAGUGAUACAUUAUAACGGCAGAGUUAUUCUUUGUAAGAGUUUCUGUGAUGUUAUAACCCGAGUAAGAUAAUUAAGUAUUGCAUCCUACACGAUGAGCGGUGACGUUCAUCGUUUCGGCUCUCACUGUUAUCGGUGACACAAGCCAAUUAUUAGCAUAUUCCGAAUAUUUCUUCGGAAAGUAAUCGAGAGUUCUUUUUGAUGCAAAUUUGUAUCUUUUGCUAGUUAUGCACGUGCAUAUGAAACUUUAAAACAAUGCCAGCGAAUAAAGAGGAUGCUCACUUGUAAACACAAAAUCGGGGGAAAAAAUUGGUUAUAUUUGAGGCCCUAUUUAAAAGCCUUCCCUGUUUUCAAUGUUCUUGAAACUUGCAGGGAAUAUUUAUUGACAAUUGAUCUCCAGAUUGUCGAAUUUAUAAAAAAAUUUAUCGAGCGGUUUUUUGAAAAAUGCGAUGUUUGUAGGCAUGGACCAAAUUACGUCCAAAACCUGUAACAAAAGCAGCUGAAUGCAAGUCAAUAAAAUUCUUCUUACUCGCGAUCGCUCAGAGCAAUUCCCCUUUUUUUUGGAUGCAGUUUUCAAUGGAACCAAACCAUUAUGGGAUGAAGCCGCGUUUCCAAAGCUUAUCAGUUUCUUAAAAUAUUAGCGAAUUGUGUGGAUAGCAUGCUGUUUCACUGUUUUUAUGAUUGUUAAAACUGCGUGUCAAAAUAUUUCGAAAACGCUCUCAUAGAAUUUGUAAAAUUUGCCUCCAUAACGGAGGCAAUUAUGGCAGGUACAUACUCCCUUAAGCGAUUUCUUCAAAAAACUCCUGGUACAGAGAAACACAAAGAUAAAUAAAAAGCGUAUUGGCGUCAUUACGUUGCCAUGGCGACUCCGAUUGCAAUAAAACCCAGAUCAUAACAAAUUUUUAUCAUUAUAUAAAACAGUUGUGGUAACCUUUUUCCCAUAUCUUUACUCAUGCCGACGUAGCUAAAGCUCAAACGUGGGAGGUAUCCCCCCCAAAAAAUCCAGUCGAGCCACCUUAAACACUGGUUUACAGAAAGCCUGUAGUAGUUUAGGUAAAACAUACAGCCAACAUGAUGGUCAGCCAAAAUUCCUUCAACAAACAAACGAUAUGAUGAGACAAGGUUCAUUUAAAUUUAAAUUUCCUGCCUUAAACGUUUUCUGUAAGUUUUGGUGCUUGUGUUUAUACGUCACGCUACUAAAAGGAGGCUGCGUACCACCGCACACGCUAAACGUCUUAAUUCACAAUCUAUUUUCAUGAUAUAUUUUAUUCUACAUGACACUGUAAGAAAUAAUUAUUUUUAUUAUAUAGACAGGAGUGUUUUACUGGAAAAUAUACCACUCGUAAAAUUCAUAAAAACUACAUCCGGGACCCGAGUGGUUUAUUUUCCAUAAUCUCACACGCAAGUUUAUCGAUGAUGUAAUUUUGGUGAUUUCCGUCUAUUAUUUUAUCGAUGUCAUUUUGUCUAUAUAAUAAAAAGAACGUUACACGGCGGCUUGAAGAUAUGAAUUUUAUUUUCGAGUGGCAAAAACAAUAUUUUACUCACUCGCUGCGCUCGUUCGUAAAAUAUAGUUUUGCCACUCGAAAAUAAAAGUCAUAUCUUCGCGCCACCGUGUAAUAUUCUCUAUAUAAUAUAUUUUUUAUGCAUUAUUAGCAUAAUCCUUACUUAAAAAAGGGAGGGCUACAGGAUAUAUUUUCCCUUGGGCCAGGUACUCAAGAAAUUUUUACGGGGACGACUACGCCCCAAGGUCUAACUCCUUACCCUUUUAUAUAAGUUAUAUACCGUUUUGAUAGAAAAGGUCCCCCUUUCGUACACUUUCUAUUACCAAAUGAGAUCCCUUUUAAAUACGCAGUUUAGAUCUUUCCUUCCCUUUAACUGCUGGCGUGGAGAUGUACUGUCUUUAAAUUGUGAAUUAAUCAGAAAACCAGAACGUGUUCUAGUCUUUUUCACAGCCAUGAAAUGCAUCUAUUAGCUCCUUUUUACCGACCGAGAUGACUGAUUUCCCUGCCCUUUUAUAUACUUCAACUAAUGAAACCCCUUCCCACUCAUAUACCGUAUUUUCUCGAAUAAUUGGCGGGGUCGAUUUUUUUUGGCACCAAAAGGGGGCAAUUAUUUCAGGGAUGGUGAUUAUUCGAGGGAUGCGAUUAUUGCAAAUAUUGUUCAAUAGAAGUUUUGUCCUAAAUAUUUUAUUCUUUUUUCAAAUGAAAUCAAAAAAUAAUCUCAUCAAUUAAACUGAACAUUGGCAUUUAAAGUGUUGAAAGUUUGGUUCGAUGAUUAAGUUUCACUGUCAAUGUCCUCGGCGUCAGAGCUUAAGUCGUCACUGAUCAGUUUUGCUGGAUAUGACUACACGUUAGCUUCAUCCUUAAGGAUUACCGCUAUGAUUAUUGUUGUCAAGUAUUUUUUUAAGACGGAUUUAUCUCAUCUUUUAACUUUAGUUUUUGUUUCAUUAAGUGGGUCAAGGUUAGUCUUGAUUUGUCCACAUAAGUGUUUUCCUGUUUUGAUAUUUUGUUUUUACUUGUCACUUGAAUUUAUGCUUUGCUCGCGAGUUUACUUAUCACCAUUUAAGGAAUAUUCUUCGCUUGUCGUUGUCAGAUGUUAGUUUUUCAUAGGUGGCCGUGUUUGUGAUGUUAGAGCUGACCUUGGUACGUUAGUCUCGUUGAAGUUCCUGUUUGGGUUUUUUCACCAGCGUUUUAGUUUUUCGUUGGUUUGUAGCUCCUCGUCGAUCGCAACCAUGUUAUGUAGGUUCACUUACACCAAAAUAUUACCCACACCGAGUUCACCUUGAUUUUAUUCCCACGGUCAGCUAACGAAAGAACAUGUCCAGCUUUGGUUAUAAAAACGGCGGCUAUUUAACUAGUUGAGAGAGAAGAAAGGUAGUUGUAGAAGAAAGUGAGUGAAAGAGUUAGAAGAGUAAGAAGAUUAAGUUUGUUAGCAGAAGUCACAGAAGAAUAAACACCAAGAUGUAAAUCAGAGUCCUAGUACCUCAUCGUGUAGCGAGCGAGUUCCUGGAACACACCUCACAGUUUCCAUAGCGUAUAACCUAAAGGAGUGCGGGGACGAUUACUCAGGGGAGGCGAUUUUUUCAAACAUUUCCGUUCCCCCAACACAAACAUCUUGUAAAAUGUUACUUUUUAAACCUUCAAUUGAUUCACGAGUUGGCCCAUAGAGCCCUUUGAUUUAUGUACACCGUGUUUCAACAAUGGUAAAUCUGUGUUGUUUUUUUUCCUUUAGAAAUUUCGAUUAUUAUCAUCUCAAAGAAAAAUUAUUUUCUUUUAUUAGAGAAGACCCCAUUCCAUCAAGUCAUAUUACAUAACGGUGAAAAACUCGUGGAAGGAUCACGAUUUUUGGCAAAUCAAAUGCGACUGUGAUAGACAAAAACCAAGUAACAAAGGAGCUAACAGAUAAGGUUUUACCCUAGGUUUUAAUUUUACUUCUUAUCUUCGUUAUCGUACAUAUAGGAAAAUGGUAUCACGGACAAAAACCCACAACAUAUUUAUACUUUUUUUCACAAGAGCUGAAACAGCAAAGCAAGCCAAAAAUGUGACAACCACAACCAUCUUCUGGGAAAGCAGUCGAUUUUAUGUGCAAUUCGUUAUUGGAAUGGAUGAGAAAGGACAAACAGAAGCGAACUGUAAUCUUCAAAACACCAACAAGAUUGCCAAUGAAGUUGGAGAGAGGAGAGAGGAAGAAAAAGGGAAAAGUAAUAUAGGCGACGUCAAUUUCAACUCUAAAGAUUUCCAGAACGCCAUAGACUGCCAUGAACGAGAGCUCAAAAUUUCAAAAGAAGUGGGAGACAGGGUAGGAGAAGGAAGAGCGUACUGUAAUCUUGGCAUCGCCUUUAGAAAUCUUGGACAUUUCCAGAAAGCCAUAGAGUACCAUGAACAACACCUCAAAAUUUCGAAAGAAGUGGGAGAAAGGGUAGGAGAAGGACGAGCGUACUGUAAUCUUGGCAACGCCUAUCACAGUCUUGGAGAUUUCCAGAAAGCCAUAGAGUACCAUGAACGACACCUCAAAAUUUCGAAGGAAGUGGGAGACAGGGCAGGAGAAGAAAGAGCGUACUGUAAUCUUGGCAACGCCUAUCACAGUCUUGGAGAUUUCCAGAAAGCCAUAAAGUACCAUGAACAAGACCUAAAAAUUUCGAAAGAAGUGGGAGACAGGGAAAGAGAAGGAGGAGCGUAUGGUAAUCUUGGCAACGCCUAUGACAGUCUUGGAGAUUUUCAGAAAGCCAUGGAGUACCAUGAACGAGACCUUAAAAUUUCGACAGAAGUGGGAGACAGGGCAGGAAAAGGACGAGCGUAUUGUAAUCUUGGCAACUCCUAUUAUAGUCUUGGAGAUUUCCAGAAAGCCAUAGAGUACCAUGAACAAGACCUAAAAAUUUCGAAAGAAGUGGGAGACAGGGCAGGACAAGGAGGAGCGUAUGGUAAUCUUGGCAACGCCUAUCACAGUCUUGGAGAUUUUCAGAAAGCCAUAGAGUACCAUCAACGAUACCUCAAAAUUUCGACAGAAGUGGGAGACAGGGCAGGAGAAGGACGAGCGUAUGGUAAUCUUGGCAACGCCUAUGAGGGUCUUGGAGAUUUCAAGAGGGCCAUCGACUACCAUGAACGAGACCUUAAAAUUUCGAAAGAAGUGGGAGACAAGGUAGGAGAAGGAGGAGCGUAUGGUAAUCUUGGCAACGCCUAUAACAGACUUGGAGAUUUCAAGAAAGCCAUAGAGUACCAUGAACGACACCUCAAAAUUUCGAAAGAAGUGGGAGACAGGGCAGGGGAAGGACGAGCGCAUGGUAAUCUUGGCAACGCCUAUGAGAAUCUUGGAGAUUUCAAGACAGCCAUAGAGUACCAUGAAAGAGACGUUAAAAUUUCGAAAGAAGUGGGAGACAGGGCAGGAGAAGGAACAGCGUACGGUAAUCUUGGCAACGCCUAUAACAGACUUGGAGAUUUCCAGAAAGCGAUAGAGUACUAUAAAAGAGACCUCGAAAUUUCGAAAGAAGUGGGAAACAGGGCAGGAGAAGGAACAGCGUACGGUAAUCUUGGCAACGCCUAUAACGGUCUUGGAGAUUUCCAGAAAGCUAUAGAGUACCAUGAACGAGAUUUCAAAAUUUCGAAAGAAGUAGGAAACAGGGCUGGAGAGGGAAGAGCGUACUGUAAUCUUGGCAACGCCUUUACAAAUCUUGGAGAUUUCCAGAAAGCCAUAGAGUACCAUGAACGAUACCUCAAAAUUUCGAAAAAAGUGAAAGACAGGGCAGGAGAAGGACGAGCGUAUGGUAAUCUUGGCAACGCCUAUGACAGUCUUGGGGAUUUUGAAAAAGCCAAAGAGUACCAUGAACGACAUCUCAAAAUUUCGAGAGAAGUUGGAGAUAAGGCCGAAGAAGGAAGAGCGUACGGUAGUCUUGGCAACGUCUAUAACGCUCUUGGAGAUUUCCAGAUAGCCAUAGAGUACCAUGAACAACUCCUGGAAACUUCGAAAGAAGUGGGAGACAGGGUAGGAGAAGGAUUAGCGUACGGUAAUCUUGGCUACGCCUAUGACAAUCUUGGAGAGUGGCAGAAAGCCAUAGAGUAUCAUGAACGACACCUCAAAAUUUCGAAAGAAGUGGGAAACAGGGCAGGAGAAGGAGAAGCGUAUUUUAAUCUUGGCAACGCCUUUCACAAUCUUAGAGAAUUGGAGAAAGCCGUUCACUAUUAUAAGAAGAGUGUUAUGGCCUUCGACCAUAUCAGAAGACAUCUUAUAUCUAAUGACGAAUGGAAGAUUAGCCUUAGGAGUACGUAUGAAAAUAUUAAUUUGAGGCUAUGGGAGUUGCAGUUUAACGAAGGUAAAGUCGUUGAGGCACUUUUAACUGCUGAUCAUGGACGUGCCCAAGCCUUAAAUGAUCUUCUGGAGUUCAAGUAUGGGUUCAAAGGGUUACGUCCAGAAAUAGGAACACCCUCUGUAACAACACCUGACAUUCUUAGUUACCUACCAUCAAAUUUAGCUUUCAUAGGUAUCAACGAGGGAGGAAUAGUUCUCUGGGUGAACGAGAAAGGAAAAGAAAUCAAAACCAGGAGUGUUCAGAUUGAUAUCCCCGUCACAACCUAUUUUCAGUCUCUUUUGGAAACUACACAUAAAGAAAUAGGUGUGAGAGCUGAUGUUAAUUGUGAAGAUCGCUCAUUAAGGAACCCAAGCGAUAAAAAGUUACCAGAAGCCAGAUCCAGUAAGCCAAAGUCACAUCCUUCAUAUUUUGAGACAAAGUCAUUACAAACAUUGUACAAUGUUGUUAUUGACCCUAUAAGAGACUUACUCCAGGCCGAUGAGGUUGUGGUCGUUCCACAAGGACCUCUCUGUUUGGCGCCUUAUGCGGCUUUUUUGGACUUAAAAUCAAAGUACCUCUGCGAAACUUUUAGAAUUCGUCUGCUUCCCUCCCUUUCUUGUCUGCGAUUAAUCCAAAAUUGUCCUGCAGAUUGGCACAGUAAGACUGGCGCUCUUCUCGUCGGCGAUCCGUGGGUACAGGAGGUAAUUUAUGAAGGAAAGAAAUUAAAGCAGUUGCAGUGGGCCGAAAAGGAAGUGCAAAUGAUCGGGGAAAUACUUCAAACUUCACCUCUCGUUGGAAAGCAUGCAACAAAAGAUGAAGUUUUAAGACGUAUUUCCUCGGUUGGUUUGGUGCACAUUGCUGCUCACGGUAAAAUGGAAACAGGGGAAAUUGCCUUGGCCCCAAACACAACACGUUCAUCCCCGAUUCCAGUAAAAGAAGACUAUCUCUUAACUAUGAAGGAUGUUUUAAAGGCGCAGAUUAGGGCAAGACUUGUUGUACUCAGUUGCUGUCACAGUGCUCGCGGAGAGGUCAAAUCUGAGGGCGUGGUCGGUAUUGCACGGGCAUUUUUGGGUGCUGGUGCUCGUUCUGUUCUGGUCUCCCUAUGGGCGAUUGACGACGAGGCUACGAUGGAGUUCAUGGAAUUUUUCUACCGACAACUAGUCAAUGGAAGAAGUGCCAGUGAGGCUCUGAAUGAGGCCAUGAAAUCCAUGAGAGAAUCUGACCGCUUUAGUGCAGUGAAGUACUGGGCACCGUUUGUUCUCAUUGGUGACGACGUGACGCUUGAGUUUGAGGGCAUCAAUUAA